CAGGUCUUCUUACUGAUGGCUGUUGGUUAGUGCUAGUCAAAAUUUAUAUUUGUAGCUUUAAAGGUGGGAUAACACCAUGGAAAACGUAGUUCCAAAUUAGACGCGGAUCUAUUGUCGGUGAUUUGUAUUCAUGUAUCUGUCUGAUGCACACGGUGAAAUUUGACAGCACAGUAAUUCUGUACUUGAGCCGUUGGCCCAAAAUAAAGAUGGCCGCUGGAUUCUUCUACGCUUUGUUUUACGUCACUACGCAUUUUUUUUUUUGCGUUGUGUGUAGAUCCUCGCCGCCAUCCGUAUUUCGUUUGACGUCAUCAUUGUGCUCAGGUAUUGAAAUGCUCCUGCUUCACACGUGUUAAGCCGUUUGCAGCGCAGAUUGCUGCUCCUUGUACGUGUUUGUCUGGUGUACGUUGCGCAUACAUCCCUUUACAGAAAGUUCCAUAAUAAGAGCUAAUUUGUAGCUGGUUUGCAGUGUUUCCUCUCUUGCACAGAGCAGAGCACACAGUUUGUAUGUGAUAUGCCGCCUGUAAUGAAUCCUGUGCACUGAGUAAAGAAACCUGGCGCAGGCAUUGCUAUUAUUCACCUUGGUUUUAGGAUAGGCACACGACAUAUAUUUAAACUAAUUAAGGAUAGAGUUAUUAUGUAGUAUUUAAAGUCAUAGAGGUUUAUGUACUGAAAACAAAAUGGUUGUGAAUUGCAAAAAUAUCUCUGAGUUGAAUUUUCCAAUAGCAACUUUUUUCUUUUCAAUUACAUUUUCUGUUCACUGCAAUUUAGCGAAUAAACCACAUGUAUUGAAGAACCGUGUGAUAUCUGACUAUUCCAUAUCCUUUUGUACCCUACAUUGCUUGGGGAAGGACCUUCUUUUGCUCUUCUAUAUUAACUAUUACAUUUUUGUAUUCAUACAAAAAAGCUGUACGAAAGGCUGUUUUUUGCUUUAUUAUGAACUGCAUCUUGUAUUAAUAAAUGUGUGGGUUUUUUUUUUGUUUAACUUUGAAGUAAUUUUUUCAUAAUGCUCUUUAGUGCCCACCUUGCAAGCUUUGGUGACACUGCACAUCCAGCAGUCAUUUUCCUGCCACGCCGUUCGUUUUUAUCACUCUGUGGCAUAAUGGGGCGCAAGAAUAGACGAAACCGACAAAGAAACCAACGGAGUGCAGUAGAACGAAGUCCUGCUGAAGAGGAGGCAAGGCGGAAAGCUAGAGAACAGGCGGUGAGUUCUUAAUAUAACAAGGAUAUGUAAAGUACUUUAGAAAAUUUUUACAUGGACACAAAAGACAGGAAUUGCUCCCCCCUUUUUAAAAGAACUCUCCCAUUAGUAUAACAUCUAAUCAAUUAAAGUGAAACUAUAGGCACUCAGAUCACUUCAGCUGAUUGAAGUGGUCUGGGUGCACUGUCCCAUGUCCCUUAACUCUGCAAAGGUAAUUAUUGCAGUUUUUAAGAAGCUGUAAUUAUCUUUCAGGGUUAACUCCACCAUUAGUGUCUACCUGACGCCACUAGAAGGGACUUCAGGGGUACUUUGUCCAGCGUCACCCUAAACACCAUAGGAAAGCAUUGUAACUACACGGUUUAGUUGGCACAGCUGAAGUUUAAAGUCUAGUUGACGUAGUUAUGCUUAAGAAAAAAAUAUUAUCUGUAAUAAUGUUAAAGUAAUCAUUUUGCUAUCAUUAUGUGUUAUGUCGCAAUUUUUUUUUUUUUUUGUUAGAGGCAAAGAGUCUACCAACUUUUAUUUUGUCGCAUAUUUGUAAUACAUUCAGUACAAUCUCUGUACCUACUGGAUUUAACUGAUGGUUUUUGGUUAAAAUUGCUGAUUAUAUUCUGAAUCUAUUUAAGGCCUGGGAAGGUGGCUACCCUGAAAUCAUUAAAGAAAACAAGCUCUUUGAACAUUAUUAUCAGGAACUGAAAAUUGUUCCCGAUGGAGAAUGGGAACAAUUCAUGUCUGCACUUCGAGAGCCGUUGCCAUCAACAAUAAGAAUCACUGGAUACAAAAGGUACACUUGGAUUGGAGAAAGUGUAAGCAAGAAAUGUUGUCAUUUAACAUGCUGUUAAUUAUAUUACUAUUUCUUCCUAACAUAUGGUGGCAGUUCACUAGGGAUGUGCUCUUCCCUGGGACAGGCAUAUGAAAGAAAUUAACAUAACAAGAUCCUCCCCUACUAGGUAUAAAGUACUAACCUUUAUCCCACAGUUUGUUUUGUUUUGUUUUUGUUUUUUUUCUUCCAAUAGGAACGGACGAGCAUCUAAUGAGUGGAAGACUGGUGAGGCACACGGGGUAAUGCCUGGGGGAUCUGGCCCGAUGGCCUCCCGGGUGGAGAGCUGAACGGCCACGCUCCAACCUGCAGGAUUACAGAGCAUGUAGGAGCUGCUUGUUUUAUGCAGAGUGUGGCUACCAGUGGAACAAGAGGGCGGCCCCUAGAGGCAGCCAAUCACUGCCCGAAUAGGACACGUGCACACUGCGGUGGAACGUACGCCAUGGAGUUUGUGCAUUCCACCAAAGUUCAGAUCGUGUGACUGCGCAUGUGCGAUCGGAACUUCCAAAGUUUGGCACAAGAUUUGAAAAGGUUUAUUAUAAAAAGCUGUGCAGGUCCUACUGAGAGCAUGGAGGCUACUCAGAACAGAUCUCCCGUGUCACCAGCCCCCCUCCCCAUGGGUCUCUGAGGUUUUAGAGGUGAGAUUUAUUUUGUCUCAAUCUUUAAAAUCUCUGCUAAGGUUUUUAUUUGGAAAAAUUUAAAGGCAUUUUCUUUUUAAAUAUGUUUAGUCCUGUCUGUCCUGAAAAUAUGGAAAAAGACAAAGUGACCGCUCCAGUGCCCAAAAAAAGCUGCAUAUAAGACAAAGCAUUUGGUAUGUAGCAAAUGUUCUACACCACUACCAGAUGGCACAAAUCAAAAAAAUCUGCAAUCGCUGUUCAUCCUGAACGCUGGAAAGAUCUAAGCAACAGUACAUUACUUUUUUUUUUUAUAUAUCUUUUUCAGGACAAUCUAGCUCAAACUUUUGAAUCCUUUAAAGAAGCUUCAAAAGCAAAUCCCUCUCCUCCAGUUAAAUUGCCAACUUCUAAAAGACAUAAACGGAAAAGAUCCUCAUCUAGAUCUGAGUUGUCUCCUGUUGAAUGUUCUUGUGAUUCUUCAGUGGAAUUUGUGUUUCCACACAAAGAAUUAAAAAGAUUAAUUAAAGAAGUUAUUAUUGCUUUACCUGAGGAUAUACCAAAGGAAGACACUAAAAAGGCCCUGCCAAGGCGGCAACAUAUUCUGGAAUUCAUGAAUAGGAAGUGGAAAAAUCCAGAGAAGAGGGUGUUGAUCUUCACACAUUUCUAACAAGUUUUCAAGGUACAAGGAGAAGACAGAUGGGAAGAUUUGCCAAUUGAAGAUGUGCAAGUAGCACAACUGUCUAAAAAACAAAACAAAAAAAAAAAACACAAUUUCAAUUGCGUAAGUGUCUGGCUGGAAAUACUUAGUUGAUAAAAGGGCUGAAACCUCUUGCAGACGGGCUUACCAAGCUGCAGGUUUCCAAAGUAAAGCAGCGAUGGCAGGAGCUUCAGUAGCCAAAGCUCAGACCCACUGGAUUCCGGCAUUAGAUGAUUACGUAGUAGAUCAAAAAGAUAAGGAUAUGGUACACCUGUUCAGAAACCUACAAUUGUCUGAUUACCUUCUAGAUAUAACAGAAAUAAUAAAACUCUUGGCUCGUAUCAUGGAAUUACCUCUGUUUCCUGUAGAGCCCUCUGGCUAAAAGCCUGGACAGUUGAUACAGCUUCUAAGGCAGCAAUCUGAACUUCCUUUGAAAAGUAUCACCAUUAGAAAAACUGACUCGAUAGAUGUCGGAAACUAAGAAGGUGCUUCCUCAAACAGGAAGUAUUCCUGGAAGCCUGGAUAUAAGCAUUUCCAGUAUAAAAGCCAUAGAGGUUAUCCAGAAAGAUCAUGUUUUUUUCUCGUAGACAACAGUUUCAAGAUUUGAUGAUCGCAAACACAUCAGAACAGAUAGAGCCAAAAGAUUCUGAUGCCAUAAAAGUGGGAGGAAGGAUACAAAAUUUUGUACACAGAUGGAGAGCCACCACGUCAAAUCCAUGGAUUUUACACCUUGGUAGCAAAUAGAUCAGAUUCUCGGAACCUCCAAAGCUGAAUUUCCUAGUAUCUUCCUACCAAUCGAAUUUAAAAAAACAAGCUUUUGUUCUCAGCCACUGUGACCCUCUCGUUGGUUUCUGGUUUCGAAACCAGAUUUGUCAUUCAGUCCCAUUCUAGAUCUGAAGGGUAUAAACUUCCAUACCAACACUAAAGAGUGGAAACCAUUGCAUCCGUGACACAUAUACUACAAAGAUUUUAUGGCAACUCUGGAUUUAAGACGCGUAUCUGCACUUUCCUAGGCACAAGGUAUCAAGGAAAUACAUAAGAAUUGCCAUAAAAAGGGGUUCCAAGACUCAUAAUUAUCAAUUCAAACACUUACCAUUCAGUCUCUCCUCGGCGCCAAGGAUCUUUACAACAGUAUUGGCACCUAUCACCGAGGAUAUGAGGGAAAAAGGUAUAUCAUUAUAUCAUUCCUUACUUAAACGACUGGUUUAUCAAGGCAAAAUCAAGAAACGCUCUGGUAAAAGAUGUGAAUUUUUCUCUCUGUAUCUUAAAGGAGCACGUUUGGGUCAUCAACUAGAGAAUUCACAACUUCGUCCAACAAGGAUCAUCCAAUUUCUAGGUUUUAUUAUCAAGUCAAUACACCUACCACAUUUUGAAGGAAAAAAAAAAUCACAGUAUCGAACAGAGAUCUUCAAAGAGAAACAAGAUGCACUAUAAGAAGAACCAUUAGAGUUCUGGGACAUCUCACAUCUGCAGUUCCAGCAGUAAAAUGUGCCAGAGCGGAAUCAAGGCCAUUACAGUGGGUAAUCCUGACACAAUGAUCCAAAAAAGAUUUGGAUUUUAUAAUAGAAAUUUCAGAGCCAGUAAAAGAUCAGCUAUACUGGUGGACAGAAACUCUAUUCCUUUUGGCAGGCCUGUCAUUUCAACUAAAGGAUUGGAUCAUUAUCACCAUCGCAUCUAGGAUGGGGAGCUCAUCCUCAGUAUUGUAUGAGACAAGUCAUAUGGUCAGUAGAAGAAAGAAGUCAUCCAAUUUCAAAGAAUUCAUGAUUUUUUUUUUUUUUUUUAAUACCCUUUUUCAGUUCAAAUACUCGUUCUGGGAAAGGCAGUAAGAAUACAAUCCAACUACCAAACUAUUGUUGCAUACAUCAACAAACAAGGAGGUACAAGGCUGAGAAAACUACAGAUGUUUUGCACAAGAAUUAUGACUUGGGCUCAACAUUAUCUGGAGGAUCUGUCAGCUGUUCACAUAAGGGGUAUAAACAAUAUCAAUGCAGACGACCUCAGCAGAUCAAGGUGGUCUUCGAACGAACCUGUUAUUUUCUCAGAUUGUGGAGAAACUUUGAGAUGCUGGCCAUAGACCUUAUGGCAAGAAGGAAGAACGCAAAGGUAGAAAAAUGUGCCUCCCUUUUCAAGGCAGACUUUCCACUGUUCCUGGAUGGUCUAUCGAUCAAUUGGGACUUCAUCCUUGCUUAGGUCUUUCAUCCGGUAAGUCUCAUUCCGAGGAUUCUAUAAAAAAUAAGACAAGGUGUUGGUUCGGGCAGUAGUCCCAUUCUGGCCAAACAGAAGUUGGUUCUCUGCCUUGAGGACAAUGGCUUUGUCAUGGUAACUUCCACUAUCAACAAGUCUCCUGGACAACACUGAUUCCCAUAGAAAUCCUGAAGAUGUUCAGAUUGACAGUCUGGCUGCUGUAAGGCUGACUUUACAUCACAAGGGUAUUAAGAAUGAAAGAUGUCCAAAUGGUAGAUGGUUGUGACAACGAGGUGAUGAACACCUCCCUCUAAUACAUAUGAAUAGGGGAGCAUCUCGUACCCCCCUUCCUAGUUCACGCCCUCUUCCACCUACUUCCACCCUCCCUUCCUCCACCCCCUUUUCCCCAAGAAACUAAGGGUUAUAGCCACGUUGGCAAGCCUUUCCAACGGAAUGAACAGCCUAUGGAGUUACUGUAUAUGUGACAGCUUGAAGCACCGCUUAAAUACUUAUGUAACCGGAAAUUAGUUACUACUCAGAUCUGUUACUGUACCUGUUUUCUUAUGGCUCCAAUGUACUGCAUUCUACUAUGUGAUACAGUGGUGUUACACCCUUAAUAAAAAUGAUAAAUACAAAAAAAAAAAAUGAAAGAUGCCAGUUUUUACUUAAUUCCACCAGAAAAUCUACCUCUGGUAUUUAAGAAUCUGGACUAAAUUUCUUCACUGGUGCAAGGAUCAUCCUUGUCUAAGUAGUUCUCCUUCUACACAUUCCAUUGAAUUUUCUGCAGGAUGGUCUUAAUGCGGGACUGGGGUUAUCUACUCUCAAGGUUCAUCUUUCUGCUCUUAGCCACUUUCUGGUCAAGAAUUUGUCUUCCAACAUUUUGAUUCAGAUAUUUUUCGAAGCAGUAAAGAUCAGACCUCCAAAGAGGAAUUUCUUUCCAUCAUGGGACUUGUCGAUUGUUCUUAAUCGUUGUCGUUUGUGAAGAACUGUUCGAACCUUUGGAAGAAAUUUCCAUGAAACUUUUGUCUCUUAAAACUGCCUUUUUAGUAGCAAUAACAUCUACUAAAAGAAUCAGUAGAUUCUCAAGAAUCUCAAGAAUUAACUAGGUUUUUUUCCUGACGAGGUUUGUCCUACAUCUAAAAUCAUCUUUCCUUCCAAAAGUCAUCACGUCUAGGGCUAUCAAUCAUUCAAUUGUACUUCCUUCUUUUAGUAAGCCGUCAGCCUCUGGACAGGAGAAAACUUGGCAUAUGCUAGAUGUUAGAAGAGCCCUUAGGAUUUAUUAUUGAUCGUUCAUCUGGCUUCAGAAGAUCGAAUCAUCUUUUUGUUAAUGUUUUGUGAAAAUUCAAAGCUUUUACAGCUUCCAAGGUUAGUCUGGCUAGAUGGCUCGUGGAUACCAUAAAAUUGGCUUACACUUCCUCUAAAUUGCCUUUGACUACAUCUUUAAAAGAGCAUUCAACUAGAGCUAUGGCUACCUCUUGGGCAGAAAAGGUUCAAGCAUCUCCAGAGGAUAUAUGCAGAGCAGCUACAUGGUCUUCAUUCAACACCUUGUGCAGCAUUACAGGCUGACCUAUUAUCUGCCUCUGAAGCAGCUUUCAGGCGUAAGGUGUUACAAGCAGUGGUUGCCUAAUUCCCGCCCAUAGUCUUUUCUGGGAUCUUGAUCUCUCCCUAGUGUACUGCCACCAUAUGCUAGGAAUUUUUUUUAUUUUACUUACUGUAAAUUCCUUUUUCCUUUAAUAUAGUGAGUACAAGAUUCUCUCCCGCCACCCCCCCACCCCCCACCCACCCAUUUUAAAAUUUUUGAUAAAUUAUUUCAGUAUUGGGUCUCUAGUGUUUUAUUGUUACAAACUGUGGGAUCUUGGAUGAUUAGUAUUUUAUACCUAGUGGGCGAGGAUCUUUAUGUUAAUUUCUUUCAGAUGCUUGUCCCAGGAAAGAGCACAUCCCUAGUGUACUGCCACCAUAUUUAGGAAAAAAGGAUUUUAUGGUAAGUAAAAUUAUUUUUUGUUUUGUUGUUGUUGUUGUAAUAUUGUUAGAAUUUUGCUCCUCAGAGGCAAACUGUCUGAUAAUUAAUGAUUUCUCCACCCUGCCCCCUUAAUUCUUAGCCAUGCCACAGAAAUACUUCAUUGCUUAAAGAAUAAAUACUUCAAAGAGCUGCAAGAUAUAGAGGUUGAUGGACAAAAGAUAGAAGCUCCUCAACCACUUAGCUGGUGAGUACCCAUACUGUAUGUUUAUGUAACCAUUUACAAUUGGUCCUACAAUUAGUAAUUGUGCAGUGUGCACCAUUUAAAGGGACAUUAUAGUCACCUGAACAACUUCAGCUUAAUGAGGCUGUACAGGUGAGUAUAUAAGAUACCUGCAGGCUUUUUCAUGUAAACACUGUAUUUUCAGAGAAAAUACAAUGUUUACCUUGGCCUAGGAACACCUCCAGUGGCAUACACUCAGGCGGCCACUAGAGGGAUUUCCUAGUCCUGCCUGGAUGUGCAGUUUGAUGUCUUCACGUUUAGCUAACGUAGUAUCAGGACACUGCAGGCACUGUGAACGAUCCUGCAGUGUCCUGUAGUAACCCCUGAGGCUGUCUGCGGUCAGAGCCAAUAGUGUGGAAGAUGAGGAUCUCCUGCACACACACAGUUGGCUCUGACUGACAGGUAGCUGCAGGCAGAAGACAGGAGGCAGAGCAGGAGGAUCCAGAGAUCUGCUGGACUUAAAAUAGUAAGUACAUUUAUUUUAAUAAGUGUGAGAGCGUCUCAGAGAGAGUGUCUAUAUAACACACAAACUUUAUAUUUUUUUUGUGUAUAUACACUAUUUUCUGUUGUGUAGUGCACUGCCUUUGGGGAUCUGGGCUGAGGAUGGUUGUGGAGAGCAUAGACGGCGAGCUAACAGCUUGUGAAUGCGCACGCUGUGCGCAUGCGCAGUGAAGCGCUCCAUGCUAAAUCAUGGUGACAUUUGUUUCAGUUGCCGCUCUAUGAUGAGGCAGGUGUUUGGAGCGCUAUGCAGCGCAUUCGCAGAUGAUAACAAUGAUGCUUUUAUGAGAGAAACGUUUGAGACCUUAAAAAUAGUCAUUAUGACAAAAAAAAUGGGCGUAGCCAGCGGAAGAUCUUUGUGCUGGAACUGCGAUAACAAUUAAUUAUUUUAAAAUUAAUAAGCCUUAUGAAUAAAAAAAUAAAAAAAUUGGGGAAUAAUACUGAAAAUUAGAAAGGCUUGGGGACAUAAAACCAGAGUUUUGGGGCGGAGCCUGGCAGCCACGCUGAACGGUCGCACAAUAUUUGGGCUCCGAGGCAACUUACCCAUAUUGAGCUACAAUUAACAAAGAAAGCCCUAAAAACCGACUGCACAACCGCUCCAGAAACAGUGAUCUUCCAAAGUGGCAACAAGCGACAGAAGAUCCGACCACAAGCGGCAAUCUUUUACCGGAGAUCGACCCAAGGCCUGCAGAGGACCUGACCGGGCGAAACGAGGGAGGCGGCCGAUCCCUUUGACGCGGCAGUCCUCACGGCUAAAGGUCUCCCUGGAAUACCUUAUCUCUUCCCCCCCCCCACCUCCCCAUCCCGGCAAUUAUAAGCGAGAAUCCAGCUACAACAUAAGCGGCAAAGUCAGCAACCAGGCGAAGCUUACAGGGCCCGACCAAGAUGGCGGCGCAGCCUAAGACCAAGCACACAUGGGUCUUCAUAGACUUGCUGAGUACCUAUCUCUGGGCAAAACUCAAAGCCCGAAGGCAACCCUACCGCAUGGCAAUGAGAGGGGUGGUGGCGUGGAUUCGCCCGUCCGCCCGCCCGACGUACCCUGCAAUGGCAUCCUCCUCACAAAUUUAGAGCGACCUCCAAACUGCAGCAGAACCAGAGCUCAAACAGGCGGGAAACUGAGUUGGGCCCCCCAAACGCUGAAACCCACGACCCCGCAACACAGGACAAGCCCAGACCUACCCCUCACUCAGCGGUCCCAGAAACGAGGGACCAGCACAGUACAAACCUGCAUACUGCCACCCACGGAGUGCGACGCGGACACCAACUCGAGACAGGCUCAGCCCUUGGCCCUCAGGACAGAGGGGGACGUGUCUUCGACCGCAGUUGCCGACUCCAGGUGUUCGCCACUCAGCGAUGCAGGGGACUGCAGGUAGAGUAGACUGAAGACUCGGAGCAGCACGGCGGGAGUCAAUGGCCAACGCACAAAAUCAAUGAGAGGGAUGACCUCAUACCAGCAGCUGGUGUAGGCUAAGUGACUCUCGAGACUUUCAACGCAAACUGUCCUGCUCGCGCCAAGCUACUUAAUGUUGGGACAUUCUAGCAAAGUUACCUUUAUCAGCAUUUUUCUGCAUUGGGAUUUUUGCCUAAUGGGUACAACUAAAAUGCCUGUAAGCUAUAUUUUACACAAGACUUAAAUGGCGGAGCGCCAAGGACAACUACUGUUACUUUUAAUUUGUCUUCAUUUGAUAGGCUUAUUUGAUUUACCCCGAAAGAUAUAGCGUAGUCAAAAUUACAUAAAAAUACACCAACAAGCGGAGCAUUUUAGCCUACACAAUACACGUGAAAUUCUGUCAAAGCUAUCACCAACAUGCUCCCCCUUCUCUUUUUAACACAGCGUUGGGGACAAUCUGGUCUCACUCCCCCCACCCCAGCACAUUCUCAACAUUAGGGCAGGACUGUCUUGAGAAAUAACAGCGUUACACAACGCCUAAGUCUGAUCACAUAUCGUAAAAUGUUGCAUUACACACGCGGGUUGUGUUCCUGGAUGGCCGGACACUUGCUACUCUCAUGCUCAUCUGCCGGUUUUGCCUGGUAACCUUCUCUUCUAUUCGUGUGUUAUAAGCAGGCAGUCUAUACUAGCUCACACAUAGAAAGUACACAUGUAAUUUGCUUAGCAUACUUUAUAAGCAUUAAACCACUUAACCUUAUCAGCAUAAACAAAUGUUAAACUUACGACCUGCCUAGUAUAUGUUACAUGUGUAGAAUUUGAAUUUAACUUAACGCCUAGAUCAUCGUAAAUAGACAGGAAUGCUCAAUUGUAACUUACUAUGUCUAUCCACUGUCCACUUUUUCUCUCAACGAAAUUUAAAAAAUUGUGCCGUAUAUUCAUAUGCCCUGUUUUAAUUGUUAUGCCUAUUACUGCUUACGACUGCUAUCGUGGCUGAGUAAGCCUAUUGUUACUCCAUGCACAACAAAAAAUAAAGAAUUUAAAAAAAAAAAAAAACAGUUUUACCAUUUUGACUAUAGUGCUCCUUUAGCCCCUUAAGGACACAUGACAUGUGUAACAUGUCAUGAUUCCCUUUUAUUCCAGAAAUUUGGUCCUUACGGGGUUAAGGUUGGAAGACAUAAAUAAUAGUGUAUGCCAGGGGAAGCAACCUUUUAGCAGCACUGUGCCGAAAUAGGAUUGUGAUGUCCCGUAGCAUGCCUGUCCUAUUUGUUGUUUUUUUUAUAAUCUUAUUUAUUAGCUUUUUAACCCCUUAAGGACCAAACUUCUGGAAUAAAAGGGAAUCAUGACAUGUCAGACAUGUCAUGUGUCCUUAAGGGGUUAAAUAUACAAAAACAAACAGGUACAUAUCAUCAAAAAUACAAUAUUUGACAUCCAAAUCAGCCUAACCGUCUCAGUACUAUUAUAGUUCAAGUCAAACAUUAAAUCUUUUUUUCCUUAGACAUAGCCAUUAGACCCAGAAUUGUACUUUAUGCCUCUUUGAUAUAAUUGUUUCAUAUAUUCCAUCCAUAUUUAGUUGUAGGGGAGAUCUCUCACUCCAUCCUUAGUUGAAAAUAGAUUUGGGUUUUUAAUAUUCCCCACGUUGGAGGCUCACUCUGCUUCUAGAGCUUUACAAUGCUUUUUUUUUCGCAGCUAUCAAAAUAUGAGUUGUUAUAUCUAUACUUCAGAGACAAUUUAGGCUCUUUGGCGAGAGAAUGUCAAGGGGAUACCUGUGAUAUUCUCUAAAAUGUUACAUGUUAAUUUCCAAAAGGCUUUUAACUUCUGAUCGUUCCACCAGAUAUGAGUUUAAAAACAUUCUGCAUGGUUGCAGCGCCAGCAGAAAAUGGAAUAUGUAUCAACAUCUUAUUUUUUUUUGGAACGAAGUGCCAUCUGGCCAAAAUCUUAUAUUGUAAUUCUAUAAGAUUACGGCAAUGUAUACAUUUCUUAGCUUCUGGUAUAAUCUUACACCAGUCCACCUAUUUCAAGAUCUUUCCCAUUUAUGUAUUAUAUUUUUAACUGGAUCUAUUAGAGAAGGAUCUUCAUCAGCAACAAGGGUACAUUUCAUCAGCGUACUAACAGUGUGUCCAUGUUUUAACAGACUUUCCAAACCCUGAAUUUCAUUUUCUCUUUUGCAUACAUAUUUUCCAAGAUAACUUUUAAUUCUAAGGUAGCGGAAGACUUCUUUUGCGGGAAUAUGGUAUUCGGAGACUGUUUCUUGAAAAUAAUUAAUGAGAGCCAUUUAAGAUAUCAGAAAAAAUCUUUAUACAAUUCUCUUUCCAAGUACAUAGAUUAAACUCCUCCAUAAUAUAUUCUUGGAGGCUAAUAUUGCUCCUACAGCGAAUUGUAUUCUCCCAUGACAAAUUAUGUUCUAUUUUGAAUGUAGACCAAAAUUUUAGAAUUUGAUAACUAAGGCUGUUUUUGCCUCCAUUGUCAGCUGGAAUCUUAUCUAUGCCCAGUCUUUUAGGCUCAAUCCACAGGAGAAGGGAGAGGUCUGAUAUCUCCAACAUAUAGUUCUAAAGAUUCUUGGCAGGAUAUAGAAAAUCUAUUUUGAACCUUUUAAAAAUCUGCUUAAAGGACCACUCUAGGCACCCAAACCUCUUCAGCUUAAUGAAGUGGUCUGGGCGCCUGGUCCAGCUAGGGUUAACCCAUUUUUUUUGUAAACCUAGCAGUUUCAGAGAAACUGCUAUGUUUAUAAAUAGGUUAAUCCAGCCUCUAAAGCCUCUAGUGGCUGUCUCAUUGAUUUUCACAGUGAGAAGACGCCAGCGUCCAUAGGAAAGCAUUAUGAAUGCUUUCCUAUGAGACUGGCUGAAUGCACGCGCAGCUCCUGCCGCGCAUGCGCAUUCAGCCGAAGAGGAGGAGGAGAGCUCCCCGCCCGGUGCUGGAGAAAGGUGAGUGUUUAACCCCUUCUUCUCCCCAGAGCCCAGCGGGAGGGGGUCCCUGAGGGUGGGGGCACCCUCAGGGCACUAUAGUGCCAGGAAAACAAGUGUGUUUUCCUGGCACUACAGUGGUCCUUUAAGGAUAGUGUCAUGUUACCUUUUUUUUUUUUUUAAUUAUUUUUCACCAAAAAGAAAUGCAUAUUUGUGACAACGUAUAGGCUUACGCAGAAGCCACAUUACAUAUUCAGACAGUUUGGUUAUACAGAAAGGAAGGGUGAAACGUUAGUGCACGUAUGCAUAUUGAUAUCCCUAAUCUUUGCGGCCGUCUGUCCGUCGUCAUGAGGGUUGCUGAUGUUACGUGUCCUAGUUUAUCUUUUAGACCUUACUGUGGUUUCAUAUGACACUUCAGUUGGUGUAUUUUUGUUCUAAUGAUAAUGCAUGGGAAAUUAUACAAACUUAAAAACCGUAUUAAAGUAAAUUAGCGUGCCUGCCUCUGUAGUCCAGGAGUUGUUUAUCGUGUGAUUAUUUAUUUAUUCAUAUUUUUUUUUUAAAUUCUUUGUUUUUUUUUUCAUAGCCAAUAAUAAAGUGCGCAUUUAUGACACAGCCGAGGCUUUCGCAGAAGCCGCUGUAUGAACGUAUCAUCUUGUCAGGGUGUAGGCUUACGCAGAGGCCGCCAUUGAGGUACAUACAGUAAUACUUGUAUAGGCUUACAGAAGCCUUUUACAGUGGUUCAGUAGUAUAGAGAAGAAGAGCAGUGAUCUACAGCUGAUGUGCUUGUUUACUAGCGCUUCCAGUCUCGUCAGUGACUGAAUUGCUAUUUGGUGUUUUAGCACACCACCUCUACGUGACUGUCUAUCGAGUCUUGGCCUAAUUACACAUGUCCCUUGGACUGGUAUGGCAUUAGAUGGUUGUUAACUAAUACUCAUUUGACAUUUCGAAAUAUUCCUAUGGGUGGAACAUAUAAAACAUAUAUGUACCUAAACCUAACGUCCAGUGGUGCAGUAUGUCGGUGCAUCCGUGCCCGCAGCCCGGACGAAAGUCGACGUGUGUCCCCACUGCCCUCCCUCCCAUGUAUGUGCUUGAGUCUCUUGUCAACCCGCCGUGUUUUCCUGAUAUUGUUCCCAUAACUCCCAAGUUCUGUUGAACUUUUUAGUGGUGUGUCUGACUAGGGAGGUUAGUCUGUCCAUUAGGUAAUUGUCUUUUAUCUUUGCUAGGACCAGGGCCACUGGGGGUAAUUCCGGGCAUCGCCACUUCUGUGCUAACGCCCUGCGUGCCGCUAAGUAAAUCAUGUUUAAUAAUUGUUGCUCUGGGCGUGGGAGGCCGACCGUUGGUCUGGAGAGUAGGCAGGCCCAGGGGUCUAGCUGUAGCGGCCUCUGCAGUAUGUUUGUGCUCAGGCUGAUAAUUUGAACCCAGUAUGCUUGUACCAGGGGGCAUUUCCACCACAUAUGCACGUAGGUGCCUCGUUCCCCGCAACCGUGCCAGCAUUGAUCUGUGGCAGUGAUCUGCAUGCGGUAUUGUUUUAAUGGUGUGGUGUACCACCUGAAAAGUGUUUUAAAUGAUUGUUCUUGAAGGGUGACACAUAUUGAUGUUCUGGCUGUGGCCUCCCAUAUAUCUUGCCAGUCGGAGCCCUCUAAUGUCUCACCCAGGUCCGUCUCCCACUGAUCCGUGUAACGUAAUUCCCCCCAUUCUUUGGCCUCCCCGCUGAGAUGUGAGUACAAUAAUGAAAUGAGUCCUUUGGGGUGUGUUUCUUGGUAGCAUAUAUUCUUGAACCAGGUGAGGGGGAGGGUGGCUAUCUCUUUGACUUCCUUUGAACUAGCGAAGUCUCGUAAUUGGAGGUAGCGGAAGAAAUCCCUGGUUGUUAGGGGGGAUUGUACCCUGAGCUGAUCGUAAGUGACUAUUUGAUCGUGUUGGUAUAGGUGGCAGUAUCUCUGUAUACCUGCCCUCUCGAUGCCACUAAAGUCGCCUGCUGUCAUACCCGGUUGGAAGGAUCGGUUCCGAAGUACAGGGGACAUUGGGGAGGGGAACCUGCUUAAAGAGUACUUGACUGCUAUUUGAUCCCAUAUUCUCAGGGAAUUUGUUAUUGCUGGACAGGUUACUCUGGGGAGUGCUCUGUGUGCCCUAUGUAACCAGAGGUAGAAUUGUGGGAGAUCUUGCCCCAUUAGUGAUGUCUCAAGUUCUACCCACCGUCGGGUGUCCGGGGUGGAGUGCCAGUAUGCGAUUUGCGCUGUCUGCGCCGCUAGGUAGUAUAUGUACAAGUUCGGUAGUCCCAGUCCCCCUCUGUCUUUGGGCCGGUAUAGGAGUUUUCUAGCUAUUCUGGGACGUUUCUUUUGCCAGAUGAACAUGUCUAUUGUCUUUUGUAGUGUGGUUAGGUCACUCCUUUUGAUCGGUGUGGGCAGGGCCUGGAACAGGAACAGUAUUCUAGGGAGAAUGUUCAUUUUAACUGAGUGGAGUCUACCUAGCCAUGAGAUGGGUUUGUCUGUCCACUGCUCCAGGUCCCUUAUGAGUGUACGGAUCAAUGGGGAGUAGUUUGUAUCGUGUAAGUGUUCGUGUUGCGCCGUGAGUUUGAUCCCUAAAUAGUGUAUGUUGUCGGCUGUGGUGGGCAGAUGGUAUCUAUUCUGUAUAGUAACUCUGUCCUGUGUCGGGAGAUGGAAUGGUAGUGCCAUGGAUUUGGUGAGGUUCACUCUGUAACCCGCUUGGGUUCCAUAGUUGUCUAGGAGUUCUGUCAGGUAUUCUAUGGAGGUCAGAGGGUCUGUGAGGGUCAGCCUUACGUCGUCCGCAUAUGCAGAGACUUUGAAGGUUUUCCCCCCAGCCCGUAUACCGUGUAUGUGUGGAUGUUGGCGUAUGGCUUGUAGGAGCGGUUCUAGGGAAAUAGCGAACAAAAGUGGGGAGAGAGGACAGCCCUGCCGUUGUGAAGGUGGAAGGGGGUCUUAGUGGCUCCUGCUAUUAGGGUUUGGGCCCUUAGGUUGGUAUAUAGGGUGCGUGUGGCCUGGAUGCAUGUCCCCGGGAAGCCCCAUUCCUCCAGCAGGCCAAACAGGUAUGGCCAUUGCACCCUAUCAAAGGCCUUCUCCGCGUCCAGGGACAAGGCCAAUGAAGGCCGCUCAGACAUUUGCAUGUACCAUGUGAGCACCGCCCCCCUGCGUGUGUUUUCGUACAGUUGCCUACCGGGUAUAAACCCCACCUGAUCGGGGUGAAUCAGGCGCGUGAGCAUCGGCGCUAACCUGGCCGCCAGGAUUUUUGCGUAGAUUUUGAGGUCCGAAUUGAUCAGUGAAAUGGGUCUAUAAUUUGCUGCCAAUUCGGCAUCUUUCCCGGGUUUGGGGAUAAGCGUGAUGUUGGCCAAUGCCAUGUCCGCAUCCGGCUCCCCGCCCGUCAUGAAGUGGUUAUAUAAAGAGGUGAGGGGCCAAUUCUUCCUUGAAUUUCUUGUAAUACCCUAUGUCGUACCCAUCGGGGCCUAGGGCUUUGUUCCCUUUUAAGAUCGCGAUUGCCUUUUCUACCUCUGGUUGUGUUAUUGGUUCUUGUAGGUCUGUGAUAUCUGUGUUUGUCAGCGCAGGGAGUUUAAUGCCGGCUAGGAGUGUGCGCAGUGAGGAACGUAGUUGUUCUGGCGUGUUUUGUGCAAGUGGUGUCUGCCCGUAUAGGUUCGAGUAAAAUUCUGUGAACACCUUGUUUAUUUCUUGGGGAGUUGUCGCAAUUCCUUGGGUAAGUGUGCAUAUUUUCGUGAUGGGUUUGUGGUCCCCACGGGGGCGUAGAGCUCUGGCUAAAAGGGAGUCCAUUUUGUUGGACUUUUCAUAGAACAAUCGCCUAGACCUCUGGAUGGAGUGUGCCACCCCCUCGAGCAGGAUACUCCUAAUCGAGUGUCUCAAUGCGGUGAGUUCUGUUAAUUUGUCCGCCGUGGGGUUAUGUUUGUGCUGUUGUUCCGCUUUUCUCAGAGCAUUCUGAGAUUCUAUCAGUGCCCGUGUAUUGCACUUUUUUUUGUGUGUUGCUGCUUUGAUGAAGUGUCCUCUUACGACCGCUUUAUGAGCCGCCCAUACCGCCACUGGGUUGACUUCUGGCGUGUUGUUGUGUGUGAAGUAUUCUGUGAGGAGAGUGCGCGUGUCGUCGCGUAUAGGGUCGCUAUUUAACAGACUUGUGUUAAGGCGCCAUGUCCAAGUGGCGGAGUAUUUGAGUUUGUCCAACGUGACAGAUACGUCUGCGUGGUCCGACCAUGUAAUACUGCCUAUGUCAGUAUGUAUAAGUUUGGACAUCCCUACCCCGUUGAGGAAAAUGUGGUCAAUUCUGGAGUAUGUUCCGUGUGGUGCCGAAUAGAACGUGUAGUCACGUGUGUCUGGGUGUUGGAGCCUCCAGGCGUCUAGGAGUUGUGUGUCGGUGAGGAAUGUGUGCAACAACUUAUCCUGUGCACCUUUCCCAUGGGACCUGGGUGAGCCUGUUUUCGAGCUUCUAUCAAUCGCUGGACAUGGGACAGCAUUAAAGUCACCCCCCACUAGCGUUAUCCCUCCCCCUCCGGCUUGUAUUAUUGUCCUGAGCGUGUCCCAAUAUGUUGGGUCUGGUACGUUAGGAGCGUAUACGUUAACGUUUCUUAUUUUCCUGCUAUGGAUUGUGCCUGUUAGGGCGAUGUAGCGGCCCUCCGGGUCAGCUAGUGUCUCAGUGACGUGGAGUGGGCUGUUUUUGUGCACCAGUAUUGCCACCCCGGCUCGCUUGUGGAGCGCUCUCGCCUCGUGAGUCUGUGGGAAAUGUCUGUCUUUCAGGUUUAUGGACGCUGACCUAGGAAUGUGGGUUUCUUGGAUAAGGGCAAGGUCGAUUUUGCGUGACUUUAGGUCUCUCAGUAAUAGCCUACGUUUGUUCGGGGUAUUAAGUCCCUUAACGUUGAGUGAAGCGACCCUGAGAGCCAUUCGUGUGGGGUGUGAGCACCUACUUUGUUGUGUGGUCUGUGUCCCUCUAGCCGUGGGUGGAUCCCCCUCGCCCGGGCUGCGGGCAGCAGCAGUUACGCACCGUAGUGUGGCCGCGUAGGUGCGUCGUAGGUAACCUCUACUGCAGAAGGAAAGAACACCGUUAACUCGCAGUUCAAAAGCAUAAACAAAAACAAGUAUAAACACAAAUCAAGUCUUACACCCUGCCGGAGACCGCUGGGGGCGUGGGCUCCCUAGUCCGAGUAGCGUGUAGUGCCGGACGUAACUAUGUACAGGAAGUGUGAAACGUGUAUUUGUGUUAGUGUGUCUGAUAACUUGGGGCCUCAGUGAGGUUGCCGGUUGCGGUUCUCCCGUACCAGGUCUAGUACUGCUACGGGCAGAUCCGCUGGUGUCGCCGGCUCUAAGGCAGUGUGUGUAGUGUCUAUUAAGGCGCAGCAGGCACAGCUGCGGUGGUGUAUGUGCUGUGUCGUUGGCGUGUGGCUUGCAUGUGUCGGUGGGCAAGCAGGCAUUUGCGUUAGUCAUCAUCUUUUGGAACCGGGAAUGAGCAUAUGUUCCCGUGUUACCUUGUGGGGUGUGGUGCAGCGGUAGUAUGGGGGCUAGGUCCCAUAGCGGGUGUGUCAUUAUAUUCCAGGCUUGGGGCUGAAUUGUGGUGUGGGUUUUUUUUUUUCUCCUCCACCUCCCCCUCCCCCUCCCCCUUACCCCCUUACCCCCUUACCCCUUCCUCCCUUGUGUGUGAGGAACCGUGUUUUGCGGUUUGUUUUAUCUCCCUCUAAAGUCAGUCUUGGCAUGUGUAUGGAGGUGCUGUGUUUGGUUACCAAGUCUGUCCCUCCUUUGUGUGUUUGGGGGGGUACUGGUUAGCCCAUUUCUCUGAGUGUCUCUAUACCUCCCACCUGGACCGUGAAGUCCCACUCAUACGACCUGGCAGGAGGUGUCUUUUCCCGCUCUUCGUUGCGGAUCGUGAUGGGUGGUCAAUGGAUAUGGUCUCAGUAUCCGGUCUCAGUCCUUUUUAGUGUGUCCACGGUGUUAUCGUCUAAACAUCAUUUCUCGCUGUCCUGCUACCUUGGCUUGAGGCAAUGGGGUUGUGGAACAAUUCUGUCGGGGCCUGGUGUUGGGUGGGAGGAGCUAGCUGUAGCACUCGGUUUGAUAUCUCUGUAGGGGACCUAGCCGCUGUCGUGCCUUCUUUAUGGUCACAAGUGCUUGAAUGAAGUGAUCUGAGAUUACUUCCUCUACGUGCUGCAAUGCAUAAAUUGAGGAUUGUCCUUCGCCACCUUUUCGUAUUCGCAGAUAUCUGAAGUUUUCACUGGGACUCCUGAUAGGCCAGAGCCUGUUUGGCCCUAGCAGCCCUGAGUGCCGUGCAGACACCUCGAGUACCAUGCAGGACACACAUGCCAUAGGUUGCCUACCCCUAGUAUAUACAAUGAUGGCAAAAAAAAAAAAAAAGUUAAGUUACGCUCUUGUUCUUAUAACCUUUUACCGUAUGAAGGUCUCCUACACAUUGACACAAGAACCAUUGUCAUAUUGUUGAUCAUAUUACAUCAUUUUAUAUAGGGUUUUUGUUUUUCUUACUUUUAUAAAUCACAUGACUUUACAUAAUAAAGUACUGUGACUGAUUACAUUAAAGUAUCAAUUGAUAUAGGAACAACCUAUAACCAACAUCACUUUUUUUCAUAGCCUAAAAAGGUUCUUAUGUCCAUAAUUAUUUGAAUACUUCUCUAAGCACACUCUAGGUAGGAUACAUAUACUAUUUCACAGAACAGUGUAACUCAUACAAAGCAAAGUCAGUGCUACCCCAUAUCUCCCACUCAAUAGUUACAAGGAAAUUCUACUAAAGCACACAUUGCAAAGGUGGUGAAUAUGUUUGGAAUCAAUGUCUACUUUAUUUCUUAGUAACGUGAUCCAAUAGAGCUAUCCAGAUAUGUAGCUGCUGGUGACAUCAGCUGGUCAUUAAAAACACUGUACCGUUGGGAAUUGCAUAUAUCUAUUGCUAAUGUCACAGUCCUGAUGCCACUUAUCAAUUUGCCAUCUCCUCCUGUCCACAAAGUAAGAGUAAGAUUCACAUACCCAGAUGGCACGGAGGCACGGCUUGAAGCUAUGCUUCGAAGCCUUCUCAUUAGUUUAAUAUUGGAUUUAGGGUGGUAGGACAAGGGAGAGCAGAACGGUAGGCACUAUAAUAACUUCAAUAAGGUGGAUUUAUUAAAGUGCCUACAGUGUCCCUUUUAAGAAAUUGUCAGUGGAAUCUCCGUUGUAACAGACUAAGUAUCUCCCAAGGCGCCAAUGACUAUUUGGUAUAAUGACGUGUUUGUGUUUUAACCCCAUUAAGGACCAGUAUCCUUUAAUAAGAGUGCUUUGUUUACCAUCAAAGCACUAUGCCUAUUAUUAAAGGAUCAUUUUCCAAAAAGACAAUAUUCUAUUCAUUUAUAGACGUCAAGGCUAUCAAUCUAAUUCCCUGAUACUUCCCUUACCUUUUCUAUCACUUUACCCCACUCCCUCAAACAUGUAAGCUCACUGAGCAGGGCCUUCAACCCCUCUGUUUCUUUGCGUCAAACUUGACUCGUUACAAUUACGUGUUUGUUAGUCCACCCAUUGUAAAGUGCUACGGAAUUUGUUGGCGCUAUAUAAAUUAUUAUAAUAAUAUUGUGCUGCCAUUGCUAAAACAAGACGACCUCCUAUGCUAGCACAUGCACUUUAGGAGCAAAAUAGGUAGAGGAUAAAGCAUGGCUUACACUAGGUUUUUUUUGUUUUCGUUCUUUUUAACUUAACCUCUGUGUUAAUGUGAGCCUCACCUGUUUUGUCCCAUUAGGACACACACAUUUGACUUGUGAUGCACACUUUUCUUUCAUCUCCUCCAAAACCAAAAUUCUGACUGUAUGUAGUCAUUUAAAACAAAAUAAGAGCUGAGUCAGAUUUGCAAUUUUUCAUGCAAAUGCUGUUUGAGUUGUGUGGUUGUUAAUAAAAUAAGUUUUCUAGGUGCCUUGACGCCUUUUGUCUAGUGGUUAAAUCUUUAUAUUCUUCUACAAAUUAAGGGUUUAUUAUUAUAUAGCAGCAGUGCAAAUACACAGGGUUGCAUCAGGAACUUACUGAGAGAUGUACAGGUUUCAUAUGGCUAGAAUGUAAGCAGCAGUAACGAGGAUGUUAGAGGGGGAAAACAAGAUAUAGAGGGUUACAAAUGAACAAAAGGUUACUAAAAAAAUAUAAAUAUUAUUUAUAUAUAUAUAUAUAUAUAUAUAUAUAUAUAUAUAUAUAUAUAUAUAUAUAUAUAUAUAUAUAUAUAUAUAUAUUAUUUUUUUUUUUUUUUUUUUUUUUUUUUUUACUAUUUACAUAAAUUCAAUAGGUGUGUGAGUUCCCAGAGCAUCACUGCUUUGAGACUUGAUAAGCAACCAACAGAGGAAAUGAUCACAGUUGCGAUGUACUGUCUUGACUGGGAAAGUCUGAUUUGUGUUUUUAAUUGAAUCAAUUCUAUCCUUAAGCAAUACGUUUACCAGGCUUGGAUAGGUCAAUGUGUGCUUUACUUUACGUAUUUACUUAAUGUAUUGUUAAGGAGUGCCACUUACGAUACAUCCAGCAGUAUCUGACAUUUGUUGUUACAUAUCCACAAAUACUACAUAGAAUAUUGUCAAUUGAAUCCGUCUUAUUUCUUAUUGAGCGGUAGGGGUGUGUGUGUGUGUGUAUAUGUAUGUAUAUGUGUGUGUGUAUAUGUAUAUGUGUAUAUAUAUAUAUAUAUAUAUAUAUAUAUUAAUAUAAAAACAUUUGUGUAUGAAAUAAAACUUGCUUGUCUGUAUAGUUGUAUUCCCCCCCGCAACAAUUUUGAUUGAAAAGUUAAACUUUCAUAAAAACACACAAUAGUAUUUCAAAUAAUCUCAUAAUUUUCUCCCCUAUUGUAUUUAAUAUUCACUGCAGGUACCCUGAUGACCUUGCAUGGCAUACAAAUAUGAGCAGAAAGAUAAUCCGCAAAUCUCCUGAACUGGAAAAGUUCCACCAGUUUCUUGUCAGUGAAACUGAAUCGGUAAGAACACAGGCUUUCCAGAAUGUGUUUUGAUUUUCUUUGUUAUUCUAGCAGUAAGUGCUGUUAAUGUUAACUUGGCCAAAGGUGGAAGAGGCUUUAGCCAAAUGUGGUUCUUUCAGCACUGCUAUUUUAAACUGAAAUGAAGUGUGUUGCAAUUCUGUGGUUGGGUUUGUAUAUGGACAGCAUCAUUAUAUAUUCAUUUAUAUGGAAUUGAAAGGCUCGAUUUCCAGUUAUACAUUUGUUUGGUAAUUUACACAUAGGAACACUGAGGCAUUACUCUACAAAAAUCUAUCGUCACUUUGCAUUAGCAACUGAUUUCCAGGUGAACCUAAUAUGGUGUAUCUUUAAAAUCUAUAGCAUAACAUUUAUUUGAAUUCCGAGAUGAGUUGCUAUCAUGAAUGUAGAAUGUACUGGCAGAAUUAUGUUUAGGUUUCUAUUCAUCAAUGCAUUUAAAACAAGUGGUGUGUAACAUGACUUUAAGGUACAUUAUAUGCAUCAUAACAACUUUAGCUUAAUUAAGCCAUUUUAGUGUAUAGCUCAUGCCCAUGGAGUCUUUUUAAGUCUCUGCCGUUUAGCUGUUAAAUCACUUUUGUUUCUGUCCAUACAGCCCUAGCCACAUCUCCCCUGGUUGUGACUGACGCAGCCUGCAUGAAGAAAAGUGUAUUUUCAAUCAGAUGUUCACUUGUUUUUGGAGUUUUUAUCUCCGGUUCUGAAAAUUGAACUUGGUCACACACAGGAGGCUCCUACAGGCUCUCGAAGGCUAUUAACCGUUCAGAAGAUAAGAAAUUCUAUAUUAAACACACUGUGCAGUAAGAGAACUUAAAAUAUCUACGUUCUUUUUCAGGAAGAGUUUAGACAGGCUGUGCAGGUUACAUACAGGGAAGUGUGACUAGGGUUGCAUGAACACAGUCAAUUAACUUGUAAAUGGCAGAGAAUUGAGAAGUGAGACUGAAGACUGAUCUAUACACAAAACUGCUUCAUUAAGCUAAAGUUGCUUUGGUGCACUUUAAUGAUUACCUGAUAUCUAUUAAAUUAUUUUGUGUAUGUCAGAGGGGUUGAAGUAUUAGUACCGAAGCAGGAAAUACAUUUUAGGAGCUGUGAUACAUUAAAUAUAAAUGUUAAACUUCCCUGCUUAGUGGUAUUUAUAUUUAACCAAUGUAGCUUCAUGUAAAUGCCAGAAGAACAUAAAAUGUGUGUGUGUGUGUGUGUGUGUGUGUGUGUGUGUGUGUGUAUAAUACCCACAUAAAAAAGCACAGUAACACAUGUAUAUGGUACUCCUACUUUUUAAAAUGAGUUUUUUUUUGUGUGUGUGCAGGGUGCAACAGUUUGCAUAGUAGUUUCCCUUUCUCUUAGAGACCCCAUCACUUUUUCUUACUGUUUCCUUACUCCUUAGCUGCAACUUUGAAGUUUGGAAAAUUUGCUGUAGGGUGUUUUGGUAAAGGUGGACAUGAUGAUGCUGCAUAUCGUUUAUUUCACACUUCUAUGCUCUGUUCUCAAUGAUGCUGUUGCUGGAGCAGGAAGUGAUGUUCAUUAAAAAACAGACAUUGAGACCUUUUCUUGCUGAUUUUGCCUGCAUGAGUUAUACGUUAAUUCGUUUUAGUAUGGUUUCAACCCUGAAGUUUAGUGCAUGUCUGUCCUUUCUCUUGUAAUGCUUGCCCUGGACACCACAUUUGUUCUUGUUCUUCUGGAUCUUCUUGGGUGAUGGCAAUUGACUGAUGUCAGCUAAUGCCAAUCACCGCUGCCUAAAAAAAAUAAAAAAUACAAAAAAUAGAGAUGCACUGAAAUUUCGGCUGCCAAAAAUGGGCCAAUCCCAUUUUGCCCGAAAAUGGGUCAACUCUGCCGAAAAUCUAGAGGGGCCCCAGCUGCUUGCCCUGUGUGCCACCAGGUGCGAGGGCCCUCCUGUCUGCCCUGGGAGAGAGCCAGCACAGUCUGCAGCUCUGCCGGGUGUGAGCUGCAGACUGUGCUGUAUCUCACGAUGUCCAGACGUGGUAACCAGCGGCAAUGCUCUGAUUGGCCAGAUAUCGUGAGAUACAGCAAUCAGAGCAUUGCCGCUGGUUACCACUUCUGGAUGUAGCGAGAUACAGCACAGACUGCAGUUCACACCCGGUCACACCUCCCUCGGUCACACUGUCACUCCCUCCCUCGGUCAGUCACUGUCACCCACUCCCUCAGUCAAUCUCUCCCUCAGUCACUCUGUCACCCCCUCCCUUUUUCGGGGAAAAAGUCAUUUUGGGUUUUGGUUUUCGGCCAAGGGCAUCCUGAAUUUUCUGUUUCGGUUUCUGCCCAGAAUUUUCAUUUCGGUGCAUCCGUCCAAAAAAAUGCGGGUGCACUCCAAGGGAUUUUCAUGGGAUACAGUGUUACUCUUAAUGCAUUAAAGGUAACAUUCACAAAGUCCCGAUCAAUGUUUUGACCCCUACAAGGACAGGGAGACAGACCCUUGUAGGGGUCGAAACGUCGAUCGGGACCAUGGUAAUGUUUGCCUGAAUGCAUUAAAUGUAACACAGUAUCUCACGAAAAACCCCAGCAGCGCACCCUCAUUUUUUUUUAUUUUUUUUUAUGUAAUUGACGUGGAUUUGCACCGGGGUGAGUAGCAAGCUUUAUUUAUAUAUGUGGCAGAACAGACCUCGCCACGUGUUCUUGGAGGGGGCUGCUUGCCCGCCUCCUACCUUCUGACUAUGGCCCUGGGAUAUAUGGCAUUUGAAAACACUAUUUGUGCCCUGUGAUAAAACUGGAGAUUGUGCACAAAUAUGACUAUUGUCCAUAUUUUUUAUGAUUCCCUUUGUUUGUUGCAGUGUUCCCCAUGUGUUUCAUCUGUUGGUUCGGCUGGAUAGACUACCAGACAAACUGGAGUUACUAGGUGGCCACCAUUGCAUGUAUCAGUGGCACAUGGUGAGAACAAUGGAUGGCGGCCAUUUUAACUCACAGACACUGUUUUGACUUUUCUACACGGUGCCAUUUCGCCGGUAUUUGGUGCAUAAAGACAUUGUUCAGUAGUUUUUAAACUAAAGAACGGGCCACAUUUAACAAUAAUUAUUUUUCAUAUAGCCUGUAAAUGUUCUGCGGAAUCUGCAAUAAACCGUAUCUUCCAAACUACUGCAUGGAUCUGGGUGAAUUAUGGAUAUGUGGUUCACCCAGAUCCCCCGGUUCCGAGGAUAUACUUUUUUAAAAUGGGGUUAUUGCAUGUUUUGGGGUCCCUGUGAUAUGUUUUAGAAUACUAUAUUUUCCUGCCUGUGAUAAUUAAGUUAGUCUAUUGUGUUGAGAUAAUUGUAUCACAGGCAGAGGGGAGGAUUUCUGAUGUAAUGAAUGGGAGUGUUAGCUGUGUUGAUUGGUUGUUCUUCAAAACCCUGUGUACAGUACUAUGUUUGUAGAAUGUGAAUAAAAGAAGCUGUAUGUGCCAGAACAGUUAGUUCUACUUCACCCUCAAUUUGGAGUGCUUGCCCUCAGGAAGCACUAGGAGCAUCCUUCAAUGGAGGUACCCAGUCGGGUUGACCGUCGAUCCGUUACAUUAGUGGCAAGCAGUGGGAUGGCGUCCUAGUGCGAGGUAAAGCACCUCGGAGACACCGUUCGUGGAGUUACAAUUUGAGGGCAACGCUAGCACUCGUGCAGCGCCCCUGAGAGCAGAGGUAUCCAGCGACUUGGAGCAGAGGGGUAUGGAAGGCUCUGGCUCUGGAGAUGAUUCGCUGGCCGAGGUGAUAAUGUGCCAGGUGAUAUAUGCCAGGCGAUCUGGAACCAGGUCACAGCCGAGCGAAACGCAAUGAUGGACCGAGAAUUCCGGCUGGUGAAAGAGAGAAUAUGCUCAGCGAGUGUUACAGCGGCCAAAGAGAGGCUGCAUUCGAGGAGGUUAACCGUUUCCCCCUGAGGCCGCCAGAGGAACCCAAAGUAGGGAUCCUCAUAGACUGGUCCUGUGAGGAACCACAACAGGCAGGUGGAGAUGUGACCGAGGUCUCUUCACCGGGAUGCUGGGAAGCUGGCCCAGAUCCCCAGCAGCAGCUGGAGUUACCGGGUGCAGAAGCAGGUGGUCCCUACUCUCAAAUGUUGAGGGACCUCAUAGAAUGGUCCUGGGAAGACCCACAAAUGGCAGGUGGAGGUCUCUCUACCGGCCCUACAGGGAUGCUGGGCAGUCGGCCCAGAUCCCCAGCGGCAGUGUACCUUGUAGGGAGAGAAGAGCAGCGUCCUCCCUCCCCAGCAGCAGGGUGAGCUACAGGGGGCAGGGACAGUCUGUCCUGCUCCCCAGCGGCACUGUGUUUCACUGGGAGCGGAGAGCAGCGUCCUCCCUCCCCAGCGGCAGUGUGUCCCCUUAGGAGAGGAGACAGUUGGUCCCUCUCCCCAGCAGUCAAGCAAGUCCCAGGGAGCCAAAGGUGCUGUCCUACCUCCCCAGCGGCAGUGUGUCCUGCAGGGAGCAGGGACAGUCGGUCUCGCUCUCCAGCAGCAGGACAAUAUAUGGAAAGGGGAGACAGUCGGUCCCCCCUGCUCCAGCAGAGAGAGUGUCAAGGAGAGGAGCCGGUCACACCCUCUCCCCAGCUGCUGAAAGUGUUUAAGGGAGAGGAACUUGGUACCCCCCCUCCCCUGCGGCAGUCUAUGGUUCAGGGAGAGGAGCGGCAGCCUAGCCCACCAGGGGGAGAGGAUAAGCCCCACACCUGCGCAGAUGGGACCGUGGUCUCUGCGCCCAAGCUACAGGGAGUACGGACAGUCGGUCCUACGCCCCAGUGGCAGAGUAUUCUAUUGGAAGUGGAGACCAUCAGUUCAUCUCCCCAGCGGCAGCCUAGCCCACGAAGGGGAGAUGCUAAGCCCCACACCAAUGCAGAUGGGACUGUGGUCUCUGCACAUGCAUCACAGGGGGUAGGGUCGGUCCUGUCCCCCAGCAGCAGGGUUGUUCAUCCAAAGGGGAGACAGCCUUGCUUCCCCUCCAGCAGCAACCCCAGGUCCGGAGUGAGGAGCCUACUACGCCGUUCCCUCACCUGGGCUCCAACCAUGCUACUCCUGUGGUAGCACGGACAACAGGACAGAGUACAGCUGGUCUGCCCACUCAGCAACCCACCAAUCCAGAGUGCUAGUACCCCCCAGAGCCGAGGUGUAGCUCCUGCACAUGGACAAGCGACCCACUACCCCAGGUGUAGUAACCAAUUUUCGUGGGUGGGUUAUACUGCGGAUUCUGUUUUGUGGGUGGGUUGCUGGACUAACCAGGGCACUGACCGGCAGGAUAUAUUAUAUAUUUUAUAAGGGGUAUGAUGAGUACUGUCGCCCUAAAAAUCCUGAGUAUUCCGCAACCUGUAAUAAACAUACUAAUAGUAAUGCCCGUGACAAGAAUAUAUUCUAACCCCUGAUCCCUCUGGAAGAAGAAAAUGGAUACAAGUGAAGGCCACAUUCCUAAUCAAUAGAUCUAAAGAUAUAAUGGGAUAAGUGAGGAGUAUGAGCGUGGCCCUGCCCGGGACCUCCUUGAGGGUAGAACACGAUUUAAGAUAAAAUGGUAGUGCUGUUAAGGGACAUAAUCCCAUUGUACAGCACUAUUGAAUUUGUUGGCGCUAUAUAAAUAAUAUACUUGGUAACCUAGCCAAGCGACUAACUAUACUUUAAGUAGAAUUUAGGCAAUCCGUGAAGGAAGCCCCAUAACAGGUGAAAUAAAAUAAAUGUAAAUAUACACCAAGGCAAUAUUCAGGUAACUUACUGAACAGCACUAGUGAUAACAUCUAAUCCCCGAUUAAGUGCCAAACACUUGGUCGCCCUUGAAUAUAGAAACAGAUACAAGAAACAUAUUCCUACAUUAUAAAUGGAAUAGCAGAAACAUAAGUUCAGCUUAUACGGUGAUGCUGUUGGAUAUAGGUUAAGGCAUCGAGCCUUAGUGACAUGAAUAUAAGAAUGCACCGGGUGAGCGUAGGGUUAAGUUUGAGUGAAAUCAAAAUAGUGUUUAUAUUAGGCGAACCAGUGUAUUGUCAGCAUCUAUUGACAAAGCAUGAAACAGAUUUACAAUCAAAGCGUAUACCUACCAGAAUAAAACUAUCUUCAACCAAAGAUUAGAUUAAUUUAAAAUAUAGACUCAUGCAAUAUCAAUACUGACCACCAUAACUGAAAGACCAAUGCUCUCAUGUAUCUUAAAUUAGGAGGUAGGUAACCUCACCUAUGGAUCGGACAAAGAGAAUUAGCAAUUAACCUGAAUAACCUAAUCGAGUCACCUAAGAAGAAAAAUAAGCGCCUUGCAGGAUACUGAUAAAGCGUGAACAUAAACAAACGCCUGUUUGACCUGAAUUCAUUAUUACUUAAAUAUCAGGCAACAGCAAGUAUACUCUGUGCAACAUCAAAAUUGACCAGUAGAGGUCCGUCUUAAAGAUGCAGUAUGACCCCAACAUACCAGUGUAGAAUUGAUAGGUCCAAAGAGUAACCAAAUACUCCAACGUAAUGACAAGCAGAAGCACCAACUGAAUUUAUGCAAAGAAUCCCUAGUCCGACAAAGCUUAAAACGCGACCCAAGUACAUGUAAUAUAGCAUGAAGUACAUACAUACUUAAAAAAAACACUAUAAUAGCCAUAAACCAUUUAAAAAUGAUAUCAAUUAAAACCCAUUUGGCAUCUAUUUUAACAGUGUUAUACGUCCAUAAACAUACAUGAGAAUUGAGUAGUUCGUGUCAGCUACUUAGUACCUAAAAUACUAGUGUUAAUGAAGCAGCGCAGCUGACUUUGAAACAAAUCGAAAGGACAGUUAUAAACGCGAGCGUUCGUAUGUGAAUUGCAGAGUCUGAUUGCGGUUUGUGUGUUCGUGCAGCUUACGUUUAAAUCCGUGCAUUCGUUUGUGAGAAUUAGGUAAAGUAUUUCGUGGGGUAAGAUAAUAGAACAAGUGAUACGUUCAGAUAACAAUAUAAAUGUCGAACGAAGCGCACGAGGACCGAAAGGCUAGGUUUACUCAUGAUUCUACGUCACCCGCUGGCGGGCUCUGACUGGUCCGUUCGCGGGACGAGCAACAAUACAGCUGUCAGCUUGUUUGAGCCAAAUCACUUGCGAGAACCAAACUGUUCAAAAAACGCAGGAACGUCUCCUGAGGUUUGCUUCCUUACGGACCACCAAGACUACGGCUCUCUUCGAAAAACGGCUACAGGUAGGGGAGGACCAGGUAAGCGUUCCCCCGUGUGUGGGCAGAUGAAGGCCCUGUGGGACACGUCUUUUUCCCACACUAGAUAGUGCUGUGAAAUUCCCACGGAUGCCCAGUUGAACACUUGGACAUUCACUAUUGUCUGAAAUUCGGACAGGAAUUUUGGCUAUUCCUUAAUUCGCAAUGAAGAUGAAUGAAUGAAUAACAUUUUUAUUACAAGGGGAAAGCUACAAGCUUGCAGCUCUCUCCUUGUAAUAUGUGAAAAUAGAAGUGGCGGAGAGUGUUCCCUGCCACUUCCUAGUCCCCACCCAUGGCCCCCCUGUUAAUCUGAGGAUCGAUAUGACCCCCAUAUUAGCCUAAGGGAGAUUAAAAUCUCCCGAAUGCUCCUAUUCCUUAUGCCGCAAGUAGGUUCAUGUCUACUAAAUAGUUAUAAAAAAAAAGCCUCAACCCCUUGAAUCUAAUAAAGAGGGACCUAGCAUAGCUCCCUCAUGGUGGCGCAUCUAUUGUUGCUCACACCUAUUGUUGCUCCCACUCGUGAACGGCAGGUAGGGGCCCUAAUAGACAAAAGGUGGGGGGCACCUACUGCCUCCCCGCCCCCCCACCCAAGACUUUUUUUUUUUUUUUUUUUCAAUCAGGUGCUUUUCAUAGAGAAGUAGUGAACACACAGCAUAUGCACGACAAUUGAUUCUACUGCUUUGGAUGGUACAUUGUAUGGUAUCGGCAUUCUGUUCAUGCUGAUGUUGGACAUUAAAUAUAUCCAGUAACUUAAUCUUUCUGUUGCAUGCCAUUUGUAGCUGUCUGUCUGGCAGCAUCUACUAGCAGUGGAUAUUGAAAAUGCGAAUAGUGACCUUUUCCAGAAAAGGAUGUUUCAUUUGCAAGCCUGCUGGGUCAGCUUGAACGCUCCACAAAUAACUUAAAUUACUUGUUAAUGUGCUUAAAAAGUGUCCCUUUAAUCGUCCAUGUAAAGCUAUAUUGCAGUCACUGAUCAUAUGUUGUAACCGUAUGUAUUAAAUGUCUGUCUUGUUUCAGGGUAACAUCAGCCGUCAAGAAGCGGUCAGUAUGAUUCCUCCUGUUCUUCUGAAUGUGGAACCUCAUCACAAGGUGAAUUGGAACUUGAUGAGCACAAUCAGAACAAGCUGCUUUUCAUAUAAAGCCUUUUAUAUAUUGUACACUGUUCAUCACAGUUAUUUAGUAUACUGAGAAUUUUGGAGGGUUGAUCAGAGCAUUGCAACAUUUAAAGGAACACUCCUGGCACCAUAUCGUUAUGUGCUAGGAGGUCCCUCGCUCUGGAUUACUUUUAGGGAGGUAAGCUGUGGUAGUGUAAACUUAUUCAUUAUGCUGCCAUGUCUUAAGGCUCCGUUAAUGCUGGUUUUGGUGCAUGCACUCAUGGGUGGUGAAGGAACAUACUUUGUCUCUCAUUGCAAAUAAUGAAUGUGACGGAUAUCUUGCAUAAUACGGUAAAUACAGCAAUUAAUUUGUAACUGGUUGCUUUAGCUGUGGAAUUGUACAAGUGCUCAGAAAAACACUAGCAAUUUCAGUGUUCUAAUGCAGGUCACUGUUGAUAGGCUUGCUUGUAUUAAUUCAUAUUGUUAGGCAGUAAAGGCUAUGGACUCUGAAAGCCUGUAUCACAAACCUAUAAUGCUCCAGUCAAUAUACCUCUAACUAGAUUUUGAUUUAAAUUUCUCCACAAAUCUGUGGACAACACAAGCUGUUUCAUAAACUAUCAAAAUAGUGUUUCUUUUGUAAGACAAUGCUCAGUUAGAUUUAUUUAUUUUAUUUUUUUCUCAAAUUUGUUUAUCCUCUUAUUCCUGUGGUGUUGACUUUGAGGGUCAAAAGAUGGAUUUCCAUAGCCAGAAUUUAAAAGGGUUUAAACUGGUAAAAAUAAAUAAUUUUGCAAAGUUGUGCCAAAUGUUGCAUGGAUAUUUACAGUGGGCAGAGCUAUAAAAUGUAUAAACAUAAUGUGUUUUUCGCCUAGAUUUUGGAUAUGUGUGCUGCUCCAGGAUCCAAGACAGCACAGCUUAUUGAAAUGCUACACGCAGAUAUGAACAUUCCUUUCCCUGGUAUGUUAUGGUCAUGGUAGACACAUUGAAUUAUAUAUAUAUAUAUAUAUAUAUAUAUAUAGAGAUAUAGAGAUUAUAUAUUUUCACACAUAUACAUAAAUGUACAGAGUUACAAGAACCGUUUGACUUUUUUGUUUUUCUUUGUUUAAUACUUUGUUAGCACAGAUACAAUGUACAUGGAAAUAAGGUACAGUAAGAAUUAGAACCUGAGUUAUUUGGGAGAAGAAAAAAAACACCAAGGUGGUACCAUUGGUAAAACCUGACCAGUAACAAGAAAAAAAAAAUACAAAAAAAGCUCAUUGUAAAGACCCAUGAAUUGUUGCAGGGAAAUCCAGGAAGCUUCAGGACUCGAACAGUAUAAUUAUUACAUUGGGACCAGAUUUUAUUGUAAGAAGCUAUGUUGGCCUAUUUAUGAGCCGAUUAUCAUUUUGGAAGUGAUCUCAUUAGUUGGGGUAACAGUAGUAUGUAACCAGUUGCCUCUAUGGCUAUUUUAUGUUGGCCUUCAAUGGGUCUGGAAAACACAAAAGCCCAAGGGUCCAGGUCUCUGAAGCAUAUCUGUUAAUAAUUGGAUAUUAAAAUGGCACCACUUGUGGCCAGGUCCUCCGCGUAUGUAAGUUCCCUUGAGGCCACAUGACCUCUAACAGAGCUCAGUUGGCUUUCACUCAUUUGGAAUCAUUUCACUGAAGAGCUAUCAUCAUGAUUUUAAACUUCAACAUUUAUUAAUAACGCAUAAAAAAAAAAAAAUGAGACUGCUCCUUUAAUAUAUUGCAGUAAUUUUUCUUAAUGCUCUUUUUGUAGAGGGCUUUGUCAUAGCUAACGAUGUUGACAAUAAGCGUUGUUACUUGUUGGUCCAUCAAGCUAAGCGAUUGAACAGCCCAUGCAUUAUGGUGGUUAACCAUGAUGCUUCCAGCAUUCCAAGGCUUUUGGUAGAAAAUAACGGAGCCAAAGAAGUCCUCUACUAUCACAGAAUAUUGUGUGAUGUACCGUGCAGGUAAGUGUGUAUUUAUGGAUUUGGUACAAUGAGUUUCUAUUUUGAACUCAAAAUUAAUUUUUUUCAAUGUAAGAUUAGUAGUUGGCUAAACCUUACUUUUUUCCAUAAUUUAUUUUGUAAUUGUGCCUCUUGAUAUCUGCUAUUAAGCUGUUCUACUGUUUGCUAUCUGACACUUUGGGUACAAACAAUGCAAUUGUUAUUUCCUUAAUUGUCAAACAAUCUUAUCGUAUUAAGUUUGACUUUAGCUUUGUUAAAGGAUACUUGUCAUGCUACUUUUCACGUACCUAAAAUGAAAUCAUUAUUUUAUUAUUGCCAUUUAUAUAGCGCCAACAGAUUCCGUAGCGCUUUACAAUAUUAUGAGAGGGGAUUUCACUAUAAAUAAGACAAUUACAAAUAAACUUACUGUAACAAUAGGUUGAAGAGGACCCUGCUCAAUCGAGCUUACAUUCUAUAGGAGGAGGGGUGUUAAACACAUUAGGACAGGAAUUUGCAGUCAAAUAAGGUGGGAUGCCCUUUAGGAGAGAGCAAGAGACAGGUUUGUGAGGUAGAGGUUAUUCUUGGAAGCCAUAAGCUUUCCUAAAGCGAUGGGGUUUUAAGUCACUUCCCCUAGAUGCAAGACUAGGGGAGAGUCUGGCAGUAGGCAGGCUAUUCUAUAGGAAGGGAGCUGCCCGAGCGAAAUCUUGCAAGCGUGAGUUGGCCGUAUGGGUGCGGACAACGGACAGGAGGUGGUCACGGGCAGAGCGGAGAGACCGAGAAGAGACAUACCUAUGAAUCUGUGAGGAGAUAUAAGAGGGACUAGAGUUCUUCAGUGCUUUAUAGGUGUGAAUUAGUACCUUGAAUUGACUCCUAUAGCAUACAGGAAGCCAAUGUAAGGAUUGGCAGAGGGGUGAGGUGUGAGAGAGAUCAUGAGAUUUCAGUUAUGCAUUGUGUUGGUGAAAUCGUUGCAUAUCUAUAGAUUUUAUAAAUCUAAAGGUAUAGAUUUCUUGCAAUAGCUCUGAAAAAAGUGCUCUCAUCUUCCCUCCAGGCCCACUAUUGGCACAGACUUUGUCUGCAGGCAUUGCCUUUCCUACUGGCUGUUCUCUGGCCCAGCUUCAUUCAAUUCAUAUGCGCGUCAGCAGUACCAUGGCAACGCUCCAAACACUUCAGGAGGCUAUACACACACCCACUCUAAAGACUCCCAGGCUCCACUGGUAACACUUUAUUACCUGGUGAGGUUCCUAUGCUCUGUGUACACAGCCUUGCUAACAAGAUUACUGUACUGUCUGUGAGCCCACUAGCCAAGAUUGUUCUUGUUUGGGGGAAAAAAACAAACAGAAUGUCAUCUGUCAUUCUGUCCAGUGGGCUGACGUGCUGGCAGUGAAGCUAGCACGUCAGGGAAAUCAUGCCUGAAAACUCCAUGAAGUUUCAUAGCUUAGUAAAGAACACAAUUUUCAACAAUUAUAAAGUACAUAUUUAAGUACAGUAAAAUUUUAACCUACAGGUUCUCUUUAAGCCAAGUAGUGGGGAAAUAAUUAUAUAAGGGGGCUAGGCUCAUAAACUGAAAGUCUCUGCAUCCACUGUCAAGUGCCAUGAGUCUGCUAACAUUAGUAAGAUUGUAAUAUUUCAGUAGAUUGUUAUUCCACAGAUCAAUGCUUUGAUUUAUUCAACAUAAUAUCAAGUUGCUGAACAUUUUUACAAGUACAUGAUUGUUCUAAGUGAUAUACAUAGUGAUAAAGUGUCACAUCAGGUGAGUCUGUAUAAGGAAAAUCGUUAAAAUAUGUCCUAUCCACUGGCUUCAGUGGCUCUUAAGGCGCACCGCCACCUGUGGAACUACCCAAUGUAAAUCCCUGAGAGCAACACCUAGAAAAGGAGAAAAGGACCGACUUGGACCCAAGUUACUUCUGGACAGAGGAUGCAGUUCAAAUUCGAUGCCUAACUGGGCAUUGUGAGACAAAGCCCCCUCACCCGAUCAUCUUUCCACUUCUCUACCACCACCCUCCUCCCCCCUAUUUUUUUUCCCUUCUUCUUUUGUCUUCAUCCAGCCCUCUCAUCUCCCUUUCUCCUCUCUAUCUUCCUUGCUUCAACAUUUCCCCCCAACUAUUAUCUCUCCACUGGUGGCACCCCCACUUAGGAGGGUAACAAUUCCGUACUUAUUCACACUCGCAAAACAGAGACUCCACAUACAAUAUAGAAACAUUCACCCUCUGUAACAAGGAAUAUUUCGAAAUGGUAUGGAUCCUUUGGAAGAUACCUAUAAAACAGUCAUGCAAUACUUUGUAAGUAGGACUUAAACAGAUCAAAUGGUGGGGGGGGUAGAAAGCUAUAUACAUUUUAUACCUUUAGUGCAUUGUUUUAAUAACUAGAGAAAGUGCCAAUACACUUGUCAUUUACAUAUUUAUAAAGUCAUCUAAAAAGUGAUGGUUUGUGCACGCAUGUUCCUCAGUGCCCCUUGCUGCCCCCCCCAUCCCGGGCCCUUGCUGCCCCCCAUCCCGGCCCUUGCUGCCCCCAUCCCGACCCUUGCUGCCCCCAUCCCCGGCCCUCGCUGCCCCCCAUCCCGGCCCUCGCUCCCCCAUCCCGGGCCCUCGCCGCCCCCCCCAUCCCGGGCCCUCGCUGCCCCUCUGUGCCCCCCCAUCCCGGGCCCUCGCUGCCCCUCUGUGCCGCCCUCCCAGGCCCUCGCCGCCCCUCUGUGCCGCCCUCGCUGCCCCUCUGUGCCGCCCUCCCAGGCCCUCUGUUUCCUCUAUCCGGUCUGACCGGAAGCUGUACGUUGUUCAGUAAGCACUUCCUGUCACAUAAUAGCGUCUUAAUUUUCUAGUAAUCUAUAUCGAUGUAUAUUUUCCUGGUUUCUAAGUUCUGCGUAGAUUUUCCAACCAAACAACUGUUACCUUACGUGGCUCCUGACUAGUUUUUAAAGCCUAUUUAAAUGUUUAUAUUGUAGAGUUGAGUUAUGUAUCACUAGGAGUAUGCACAUAUAGAUAUAAAUUUUGUUACCUUGCUUAAAUUUGCCAUGUAUGAACAUACUGUUUCCAAUGUCUAAUUAAAAGUCAAACACUCCUGCCUAAUAACGUGACGUGACUGUGUUACAGUUAGAACUGUUAGGCAAAAUUGACACUGGUCUACAAUCGUGAAUGUUUGAUUUGAAAAGACCUUUUGAUCAACAAUACAACCUUAAUGCAUUUGGUUCGGGCCUCAUUAAUAUAAUCGAUGUUUUGAAUGCACAAAUCUGUAGGGUUUUUUUUUUUUUGCACAAACAUAAAAUAUAUUACUUAAAAGUAAAUAAAAAAAAAAAAUGUAUUGCACAAUACUGCACCACAAGUCUGCUUAGACUUCUUUAUCAAAUGUAUGCACACAGCUCAGUCACUGACAACACUGAAUGAUUUGUACGACAAAGCUGCCUGCGUUAGGAGGGGAGACCCAGGGAAACCUGUAGUAAGGCGAUCACUACAAGUUUGUAGAUUCUGUCUGCAUCCAUGCUGUUAAUUAAGAGCAGCUCACUCAGUGUCAAUGGCUGAGACUGCAUACAUUUGAUAAGGAAAUAUAGUAUGAGGGGUCAUGGCUAAGGAGUCAUGCUUAUGGUUUAGCAUUCUGCUUUAUUUAAAAAAAAAAAAAGAAAAACAGAAAAUUGAUCAUGCAAAAUUAAUAAGGCCAAAACCUAUGCAAUGCAUUAAAGUUGUAUUGUGCCCAGAGUGGAGCUUGGCAGGGAAAACAACGCUCUGUGCGUAAUGACAUUUAGGUGGCUGUUUUUUUGUUGUUUUUUUUUUUUGCAUUUCUAAAGAAAAUGUAUGGCUCAGAGAAUUUACAGUUACCUGUAAAAGUAUGAUCUACUGUAUUUUGAAAUCAAUUUUUCAUCGAAGAUGGCACUGGAAGUAUUUAUUCCCCUAGUGUGUCAAAUUCUGUUUCCUGGCGUAACAUGGUCUUUUGUUCUUGCAGUGGAGAUGGAACCUUGAGAAAGAAUAUUGAUGUAUGGAAGAAGUGGACAACAUUAAAUAGCUUGCAGCUGCAUGGGUAUGUAGUGGUGCCCAAUAAAUGUGUUCCAUAUAAGUGAAGACUUGUCAUAUAUCCUGUUACACUGCAAAAGGUUUACCUAUCGAUUUUUGCAGUUGACCUUUUCAUUGCAGCUGAAUUUGACAGGCUGCAUGCAGCCAAGUUCUAUUAAAUUCUUUUGCAAUCUGCUGUAAAUUCUUAUUAACCUUCAGUGUGCUUUAUUUCUAGGUUACAGAUUAGGAUUGCUACCCGUGGUGUUGAACAGCUGGCAGAAGGGGGUAGAAUGGUUUAUUCUACGUGCUCUCUGAAUCCUGUCGAGGAUGAAGCGGUUAUUGCUUCUCUGUUGGAAAAGAGCGAAGGCAAGGCAACAAGUUUUCAGCUCUCCAGAUACAAAAUUAAUUUAUAGAAUGCAUAACAGAGAAUUUUAAUACGCUUUGUAAACAUGGGCUUUUUAGUGAACUUAACAUCUUUAAAGUAAAUGCAAGGUUUAAUUGUUUUUUUUACUUAAUACAGCAGAGGCUUUAUAAACUGCAAUAUUAGAGUAGAAAAUAUGUCCGGGUAACACAAGGAAGUAGAGAUGCAUAUGAUUUAUUUAUGAUAUUGGUUCAUUUAUACACUCCUUAGACACUGUAGUUGGGGAUGAUUCUAUUUUAUUGAAAUGCUUUGUGCUAUUAUAACAUUUUAUACUUGCUGCAGAUACUUUAUCUGUGUGUGUGUUAAACAUGCUGCAGUCUUAAAUGAAUACGCAAUUUCCAGCAGUAGAUGUAAAAUGUACAUUUGUAAGCACUUUGCAAUAGAGAAUACUUACUUGAGACAACACCAUUAACCUUUUUAUUAUUUCUGAACAUAAUGAAAUGGAUAUGUUUCACUGAGUUAGGAUAUGCCACAAAUAAUUUAUGUCCCUCUAAAGCUAUUAUCUGUUUUCCCCACCUGGUGGUUAAAGAGUUAAAUGAAAAACCAAACAAACCUUUUGAACACUUCCCUCUUUCCAGUGCUGAGGUCUCUUAGUGCUGCCACUGUCUUUACUUGCUCUGAUGUCGGCAAUCGGGGGGAACCUAAUACGCAUGCACGGCAAGUGACACACACAUUAGACCUUCCUAAUAAGAAAGCAUUGAAUCUAUGCUUUCCUGUGGGGGAUUUGGAGAUGCUGGACAUCCUCAUGCAAAUAGUUAGGACAUCUAGAGUCGUUUCUUGAAGUUAAACUCCAGAAAAAUGCAGGAAGUGCCUCUGUUUUAGAUUGCAGGGCUGAGGGGACAGGGACACUGCACCUAGACAGCUUCAAUGAGGAAAUGGAGUGGUCUAGGUGCCUGUUGUGUUGUAUUAAUAAACACAUGCUUAAAUAAGCCUCUAGCAAAGUAAUUUUCACCCCCUAAAAUUCAGUUUUCUCCAUUAGUUUGCUAAGCAUGCUCCUUUCCCUACUAUUUCCCUGCCAAUAUAUUGGGGUUUCCUCGAGAGGAAUGAUAUAUUUAAUUGUAAUAUUCUACUUUCCCGUGUUCUAGGGAGUCUGGAACUUGCUGAUGUGUCCGCAGAGCUUCCUGGUUUAAAAUGGAUGCCUGGAAUCACCCAGUGGAAGGUGAAAUGGUUAUGGAUGCAUUUUGACCACCUUGCUUUUUAGUUUUUUAGUUUUAUUUUCGUUGUAGUAUUAGUUCUCACUCAAGUUUUUAUCAUCAUUAAGAUUAUGACAAAAGAUGGACAGUGGUUUGAGAAAUGGGAAGACGUGCCCCAAAGUAGACAUACUCAGAUCCGUCCUACAAUGUUUCCUCCAAAAGAUGAAGAAAAAUUGAAAGCUAUGAAUCUAAACAGAUGGUAAGAUUUUCCUCUUGCUGUUUGAAAGUAUUUUGUGUGUGUGUUUUGUAUGGCUUAUGCAUAGUUAGGUGUUCUUUAGAGUACAGGUCAUUUCACGAUUUUAUAAGUAGGAGCAGGGUCAAUAAAAAAAUAGUUAUUGAGCGUUUUAAAAUUACUUCCCUUAAAUUAGAGAAUGCAAAUUAAAUGAAUGCUUUCCAUUAUAUAAAAAAAGAAAUCCUUUUAGUAUAUAGAUAUAUAAGGUAUAUCCAUAUAAGAUUUGACUAUAUUUUCCACAAGAACCUCGCAAAUGGGUUGUCAGAACUAAAACCAAAUGAGAUGAUCUAUGCUUGGCUAUAAAACUCUCUUAAAAAUACGAAAAUGUGUGUUGGUGCUGUGUUGUGAUCAGAUCUCCAUACCAUCCACUGUUAUUUUAAAGCCUCCGGAUAUUACCCCAUCAUCAGAACACAGGGGGAUUCUUUGUUGCUGUGCUUAUAAAGAAAGCACCCAUGCCAUGGAACAAGAGACUGCCAAAGGUAAGUUACUGAACACAAUACAGGUAAUUUAAUUGUAUAAGCUAUGUUGUCUUAGUGUUCUAUUUGUACAUUUUUUUCUUGGUUUUUCUUUUUAAAUUUUUAUACUGCAUUUGCUUUAGGUUCAAUGAUUUGUCUUUUUUUUUUUUUUUUUGUGUAUUCUGUCAAGAAGUGGUUUUUAAAUAUUAUGUCAUUUCUGUAUGACAUAUUGUCUCUAAAUGAGCCGUAGAAGCUAGGAAAAGGCCAAGGACAUUUAUUCAGGCUGCUUUUUUGUGUUUUAAGAGAAAUACGGUCUAGCUAAAAACUCCUCCCCUUUCUCUGAUAGUUUGGUCUCUUAGCCUAAAAGAAUUCCUUGUCAUUGGCAUGAGACCUCCUAAUGUUUCCGCCCGCCAUGUGGCAGCUGGGAGCAUGUAUGCAAACAUGUUAAAAGUAGCAACUUGACUUCCAUUGCUCUGUUCAGUCUGGUUGAAAUCCAGACCAAACUCGGGCAUGAAUUACAAAAUCUGGACAUUGUUGGAAUGUAUGAACAAUGCCUGGAUUUUGCAGUCCGACUAGCCCUUUACGCACUUUCAGUUGGGAGAAGCAGAUAUGGCACUGUGUUUUUCCCCGCACUGAAGGACACGGUCAUUGACUACAGAUUGGAUAUGUGGGAUAGUUUUUGUCUUGUCAGGGUGGAAGGGAUGAGUGGGUGGUCAAUUGCCCACUAACUUACACUUUUCAUUUUUAGAUGUGUCCCCUAUUUUCAACUUAACAUGACAUCUGCUCCCCAUUUAUCAUUAAAACAAAAGAAGAGAGGAAAAGGAAAUUUAUCAUUAUAAAAGUUCUCUCCAAAAUGCCUGCUAUUGCGUAGCAUUUUUAAUCUGUUAGUAUUUUAGAAAUUUUUGCAUAUCAGCAUAGUCAUGGGCAGCAUUUUUUGUUUUUGGUUUUUUUUUUUUGGUCCUGGUGGUCCGAAUUUCCUUUUUUUAAAUUGUUUUUGAUAUCAAAAUUCAUCCAAGCAGAACCGUAUGGGCUAAAUUCUACCAUCCCAAAACCCUGCGGAAGUCUAUAAUCAUCUAUAAUAAGUAUAAUACAAAAAUAAUCCUAUCUAGCCCUACUCAUGGCCGUAGACCAGAUAAAAUGUUGCAUAGGUUAAAUCCUUAUCUUUGCAAAUUUAAUCCAAAUCUUUGUCAGAGUGCUGACUGGAUCCAUAUUUUGCUGUAUCAUUGCUAGUAUUAGAUAUUACUGCUUUUUUUCCCAGCAGAAUCUUUAACAUUAUGAUAUCUUAAUUGUAAGUAGUUUAACACUAUUGUCACUGCUGAAGGUGGCAAUCGAUUGUUUUUGUUUUUUUGUUUCUUAGGUGUAUAGUACCAGUGGUUCUACACCACUCAGAAUGUUUUGCCACAAAGUGCCAAUUGGAAGUAAAAUAAAAUUAAGUUAAUGACAUGAUCAUGGCACAACUUGCCUGUAGUUCCCUUCCCUCACAGAAAGGCAGUGAUUGGUUAAUACUCGGUGGUGUGUUUUUUUUCUUUCUUGCAGCUGCAACGCAGGGCACCUGCUGCAGUGUCUGAGGUGUCUGUGACAGCUGAGGUUACUGAGGCAGUGGAGGCUGCUUCUGAAACUGCAGAUGCUCCAAUAGUAAAAACAAAAAAUGGAGACUCCAAACCUUGCACAAAUACUGAGCCAGAUUCCAAUACAAAGGAGAGUGUGUGUGGGUAUGUACAGCAACAUGAUUUAUUCUUCUUCUAUCUUUAUUAUCACAAGUGGACACUUUUAUGAUUUAACUGACAAAUGUCCACAAAAAUCUGUUCAAUACCUCAUAUUCGAGCUGCUUCACAUUUUAGUCUUUCAGUCUUCAGUCCCCAAAAACACAGACAAUGAGAUGUAAGCAAUGGCAACAUUUCCAAUCAAAGGUAUAGGAUUAUUCAUUUAUCUGCCUAGUGACAAUGUACAGUAUACAUUGUCUCAUGCAUUUGGUGACACAUAAUGUAUGCUGUACUUUGUCUGUCAAAGGUGCUGUUUUGUAAUCUAGUCUCUCCAUGAUCAGCGAGACUGGGUUAUUUUUGAAUAUCUCACUAAUAAAUCCCAAAAUAGUCUUCUAGAGCACCCUGUAGGCAUGUGAUCAGUGGAACGACAGACUCCAUAGAUCACCUACCUAUCACUGGCAGUCAUCGUGAAGAUUUUCAUGAUGCAGCAUGCACUUUGGCUUCCUGUAAGUGCUUAAUGAUACUCGACUGCGUGAAAGUUGUGACUAAGUUAUAUAACCGAAACCUCUAAUUUAACGGUACAUCACUGAUCUUUUUUUCAUAACUCAUUUAAGCUUUGCCUUUCCUGUCUUGGCAUUAUAUCACUACAGUGGCAUCUGUCAGGGGAGGGAUAAAUUAGGUAGCACGUAAACAGUCUGUUCUUAAAUUUCAUGUGUUGAAAGCAGGAAAAAUGGGCAAGUGACUCUGACUAGUCAUUUAGCCAUCACUAUUUGGCUCUUGUCAGCGCGUCUUUAAAAUGGCAAGUCUUUUGGUGGUAGCUACCAAAAGAAAGGAAGGACAACCGGUGAACCGGCAUCAGGAUCAUGGGUGCCCAAGGCUGGUCCAACGGAAGAGCAGCUACAAUUGCUGAAAAACUUAAUGCUGGCUGUGGCAAAACUAACUUCGCCACUUGUGCCUGGAGAGGACUAAUUGCCGGCCUCUUGCCAUGUGACUAUGUCCCCUGGGAGACUUUGCCAUUUAAAAACACUAUUUGGACUCAUUGGUGUUUUAAAAGACUGUUCUGGCUCGCUAACUGAAACUGGCUGCUUUGUCCCUUCUCAACCUCUCAUCAGCCCGUGCUAAACUUUAACCCCAUGGUGAUUUUAUUCUGUUCAUGGGAUCUGAGCGCUCAGAUUAAAGCUAUCUGGGGAUAGCUUGAAUGUGGGGGUUCUGUUCAGUAUGAUAGGAAUUAUGAUUUUUGAGUAUGUUUGUUUGUAUUUGGAGUAUGCUGAUUCUGAAAAAAGCUUUAUGUGAAUGUGAUGUAUACUUUUAAAGUUAUGAAUAUUAUUUUAAACUGUAUAUUUUUCUGCCUGUGAUAAUUACAUUAACCCAUUGUGUUCAGUAAUCAUAUCACAGGCAGAGGGGAGGAUUUUGUGGGAAUGAAUGGGAGUGUCUUACUGUAUAUUACGUGUUUGAUUGGCUGUUCCACAAAACCAUGUGGGUGGUACUAUUGUGUGUAACUGAGUAUAUAAGAACAAUAAAUCCACAGCUCUGUCUGUUCAUGUUUGACCCUCAACAUAGAGCGUCGUCCCAUGAUUAGGAGCUCCGUUACACUGGCCAUGAUAGAAAGGUGUCAUAACACAUAGUACAUCAGUUUGCUGAAUAGUCACGGACUUGUUAGAGUACACCGCCGAAAGCACGUUCAGUGAGUGGUAAAAAUAACUAUAGAGCAAUGGAAGAAGAUUGCCUGGUCUGAUGAAUUGGGUUACCUUUUUAGAUCACGUGGAUGACUGGAUGUGUGUGCGUUGUUUACCUAGGGAACAGAUGGCAGUGGUUCUACACCACUCAGAAUGUUUUGCCACAAAGUGCCAAUUGGAAGUAAAAUAAAAUUAAGUUAAUGACUUCCCACUAUGGGAAGGAGGCAGUCUUAUAAUCUGGACAAUGUUCUUCUAGGAAAACAUUGGUCCUGGCAUUCAUGUGAAUGUUCCUUUGACAUGUACCAACUAUGUUGCGAUUGUUGCAAUACACAUACACCCCUUCAUGGCAAAGGUGUCCCUGAUUGAAGUGACCUUUUUUCCUAGCAGGAUAAUGCACCCUGCCACACUACAAAAAAAUGUUCAGGAAUCGUUUGAGGAACAUGACCGUUCAAGGUGUUGCCUUGGCCUCCAAAUCUCCCAGAUCUCAACCCUAUUGAGCAUCUGUGGGAUGUGCUGGAGCAACAAAUAUGAUCCAUGGAGGCCCCAUCUCGCAAUUCGCAAGACUUAAAGCAUCUGCUGGUAAUGUCUUGUUGCAAAAUACCACAGGACAUGUUUAGAGGUCUUGUGGAGCACACGCCUCAAUGCUUUAGAGCUGUUUUGGCCAACCCAAGGGGAACCUACACGAUAUUGGGCAGCUAGUUUUAAUGUUGUGGCUGAUCAGUAUACAUUGUUUCCAAAUAUAUUGAUAUUUUGAUAUCCGAGAAGUGCUUUGUCUUUCUGAGUACUUGCAAUCUAUAGUGACUUGUUUUUCUAUUUUGUAGACCACCGCCAGCCAAAAAAAUGAAACUCUUUGGCUUUAAAGAAGAUCCUUUUGUAUUUCUCUCUGAAGAUGAUCCAAUAUUUCCUCCCAUCCAGUAAGUGACUUUUUUUUUUUUUUUUUUAAUACACAACUUAUCAAAUUACCUAUGUAAUAUUGGUAAUACCAACCUUGUUAUUGCAUAAUGUGAUUUAGUAUCACAAGGAAAAUAGUAUUCUUUGAAGUACUGCUUUAAAGAGCAGUCUCUGUGUAAAACGGAUUACCUACUGGUUUGACAUCAGUUGAGACACCGCAAAAUGAAAUAUAUUGUGUUUGUGAGAGAGAGACGCGCGCAAAAAAUAAAAUGACUUAAUAAUGCAAGCUAAAUGAACUGUAAACUCUAAAAUGUAUACUAAUGUGUGUUAGAUUGUGAUUACUAUCUUACUAGCAGAAUGAGCAUACUAACUAUUAGACGUGCAUUAGUUGGAAUGGUUUGUUUGAUUCAUCAGACAUAGAGUACAUUUUGAUAGUUUAUAAAACUAAUAAAUUUUAAAAUCCAAUCAAAAGGGAUAUGAGUCAUCAAAUAAAUUCCUUUAAGGAAGAAUUAAACAAAUGUGCGUGUUUCCUAAACUCUUUAGCUUUAUAAUGGUGAUGGACUUAUAGUGUGUAAAAAGCCAUGCAUAUUAACAGAAAAUUAUAUAAUUAGACAUAUUGAGUAUUUUUCUGUAGCUGCGCUAGUUUUGUGACAAUAGGAAAACCAUGGAAAAGUUUUAUACAUAUUUUAUUUAUAUAUAUAUUUUUUUUCAUGUUAAAUGAGUGAUAUGAUUGUAAGCAGUGGUGGAUUAAAUUUUAAAAUGGUGGGUGACCCAAUGUAGCAUGUCUCCUUGUUCGACACCAUAAACCUUGGGAAUGGGAAUGUGGGAAAAGAAAAUCGUAUAUGACUACAUGUUUUCAACUAGUUACAUUGCCUCUUAGAUGGACUUCUGUCUCAUUAUACAGCUUGAAAUAGUCAGCUGUAAUUGGCUCUGUAUAACUACAGUUAAUUUUCAUUUUUCUGCUAAUUAAAAGAUGCUUAUAAUUUUGGCAGGAAAUUCUAUGCAUUAGAUGAAUCUUUUCCAAAGAGAAAUUUACUGACUCGAACUCAGGAAGGAAAGAAGAGGCAACUAUAUAUGGUCUCUAAGGAACUGAGGAAUGUGUUACUUCACAAUAGUGAGAAGAUGAAGGUAAUUUGUGUUCCUUUCUCCCUUGUCCCUUAACUAUAUUACAUGGUCUACUUUAUUUGCCUGUUUUAGGUAUUUAAAAAAAAUAUAAAAAAUUACUGAUGCCUGCUUUGAAAUAGUUCCUUCAAAUGGCCUCAAGUGCCACAUAUUUCCUAAGUUAAGCAAACAAAAUACCCAAUGUUUUCCUCAAGACAACGUUUCUGGGGGGGGAGAAGCAAGUGUCGGAGCUGAUAGAACACGCUUAUGAAGACCUCUGGGUCUACAGCAUCUUGUCAGUUGAGGCACACAUUGCCUCCCAACCCAUUCCCAGUGGAGAUGGGACAGAGAUCCAAAAAAGCUAAGUCUGCGAUCCAAGCAGGCUUUAUGAGAGGAGCCCACCUUAGACAAACUGGAUAGUUUCCUUCACUUUGGACUCUACCACCCAUCCUCGGGCGAAGGCAAUGCAAUCCCAUCUAAAAAUGGAGAUAUCAAAGCUCUCCGGGAGAAGAUUAAGCUACUACUGAGAGAGGAGCUGAAUACACCAGCAGGCCACAUCACAACAGUUGGGGGGAAUGUGAGUAACUGUACUCAAACUCGUGCUGCCAGUGCAGCACUGCCCAGGAAGCGCAUCUAGCAACCAUCUGAGGAGUGGCCAGUAUAGUUAUCCCUAGGCUGUAAUGUAAACACUGCUUUUUCUCUGAAAAGACAGUGUGUACAGCAAAAAGCCUGAAGGGAAGGCGUAUACUCACUAGAACAAAUGCUAUAAGCUGUAGUUGUUCUGGUGACUAUAGUGUCCCUUUAAGUCAUACAGCAACCUGAGUUUUCGUUACAGGCUUGCUUAUGAUUACUACACUAUGAAUGGGCGCGGGGCCGCAACACAUGGCGGCGGGCACCUGGUCGCAGGGCUGCGACCCCUGCGACCACGGUAUGCACACACACUUAAAGGACCACUACAGACACCCAGAUCACAUCAGCUCAAUGAAGAAGUCUGGGUGCCAGGUCCCUCUAAUUUUAACCCUGCAGCUGAAAACAUAGCAGUUUCAGAGAAACGGCUAUGUUUCACUGAGGGUUAAUCCAGCCUCUAGUGGCUGUCUCAUUGACAGCCGCUAGAGGAGCUGGAGCGAUUCUCACUGUGAAAAUCACAGUGAGAAGACACUGAACGUCCACAGGAAAGCAUUGAGUAAUGCUUUCCUAUGGGCGGUUUAAAUGCGUGCUCUCCUCUUGACGCGCAUGUGCAUUUGGGGCGGAGGGCUCCCCAGCGCCAAGGGAGUCCGGCGCUGGAGAAAGGUAAAUGCUGAAGACACCGACGCAUACACACUAGCUAACAGACACACACACACACACUCACAAAACAUACACACACUCACUAACAGACAUCAAACACACACAGUAACACACUCACUGACACUCAAUAACAGACACUCACUAACGCAGACACACUCACUAACGCACUAACACACAUAAUAUACAUACAAUAUGAGGUGGAGUGUCUUCUUGUUUACAAUAAAUGGAACAGUGACAAAGCUAGAGCUUAUGGAUAAAGCUCAAUCAUCCAGCAUUGUGGGAUUUGGGUUCCCACUCCCUUCUUUAUACUGCCAGGAGGUGAUGGAUAGUAAGAUGUCCUCUCACAGGUAGGUAUAAAUAAUAAAUAAGUGCUUUAUUAGUAAAGUGCACAAGAAUAUAAAAAAGCAGAAACCUUACAAUUGAAGGUAAUCUUGACUAUCUCUUCAAGAUUACCUUCAAUUGUAAGGUUUCUGCUUUUUUAUAUUCUUGUGCACUUUACUAAUAAAGCACUUAUUUAUUAUUUAUACCUACCUGUGAGAGGACAUCUUACUAUCCAUCACCUCCUGGCAGUAUAAAGAAGGGAGUGGGAACCCAAAUCCCACAAUGCUGGAUGAUUGAGCUUUAUCUAUAAGCUCUAGCUUUGUCACUGUUCCAUUUAUUGUAAACAAGAAGACACUCCACCUCAUAUUGUAUGUAUAUUUUGUUUGUUGUGAGGGCGAGGGGUACUCACUAAGGUGUUUGAGAAUCUCUUGGUUUACUUUGACAUUAGUGUGCUUCACUAUCAAUACUGUAUUUGUUAUUUUUGCACUAACACACAUGUCUUUUUUAAAUUUAAUCCCCCCAGCCUCCUUACCUUUUGGAGAGCUGAGGGGAUUCCCUGGGGUCCAGUGGUGCUGCUGGGCUCCUGAGCGGCCGGUCCUGCAGGCGGGCGAGGGAGCACUCUCCCGAGUGCUUCCUCUUCUGCUCCCGAGUCUGCCACAUAGAGAUGCCGGCGCCGGAAGAUGUCAUCAUCCGGUUCCGGUAACAGUGCGGUGUGCGAAGGAGCUGAAGAGGAAGCACUCAGGGGAGAGUGCUCCCUCGCGCGCCCGCCUGCCGGCUGUCAGCAGGGCCAGCCUCGGGGGGGCCUGGGUGCGGCUCCUGGGCCCCAGGAGAAGAGGCUGGCCCCGGGUAAUGACCCCGGUAUGUACGCCACUGCGUGCAUGCGCAUUAGAGCUCCCCAUAGGAAAGCAUUGAAAAUUCAAAAUGCUUUCCUAUGGGGAAAUGAGCGACGCUGGAGGUCCUCACACAGCGUGAGGACGUCGAGCGACGCUCUUGCACAUGUUUUCUGUGCCAUAGAGCAGGAAGUGCCCUCUAGUGGCUGUCUAGUAGACAGCCACUAGAGGUGGAGUUAACCCUGCAAAGUAAUUAUUGCAAUUUAUAAAAAAAACUGCAAUAAUUACACUUGCAGGGUUAAGGGUAGUGGGAGUUGGCACCCAGACCACUCGAAUGGGCAGAUGUGGUCUGGGUGCCUGGAGUGUCCCUUUAACUUGGCAAAAAUACAAGGCCAUAACUAAAAUGUAAGGGUCCACACGUCAUGGGAAAUUCCCUGACUUAGGACAAGAUGGCAUCUUAAAGUCUGAGCAUCUUUAUCUACUUAGGGUUACCGCAGUAUAUUAUGUAAUGAAAGAGUCAUAGCAUAGCCUUGAAGCUUGUUUAUGCAUUAUUGUAAUUAUAUUUUGUCUAGGACCAAAUGGCGUAAACAUAUUAUGCACUGAAAGUAGGUAAAAGGUUAUUGCUUAAAGAAACAUGUAUGAAAAACAAUGUUCCAUUUCUAAUACCUUGUCAGUUUGCAAUAUCUCUUAAAGACAAAGUACACAGUUUGAGAAAUACAAUAUUUUAAUUUUCCCAUAACAGUGGUGAUCACAAUGACUUUUUAUCAUGUUUAUCAAGUACCUGCAUACCAUAAAUAAAAUAAAUAAAAAAAGCAUGUGUUUCUGUUUUGCAUUUUCAGAAUUGCUUCUUUGAUUCCAUAAUUUUGUCUUUGGAGCUAUGCUUUUUUAGGGUGUCAUUCAAUCAUGUUUAACGACGGAAAUAUUCAGUCAUGAUUCCCUUUUAUUCCAGAAGUUGUGUCCUUAAGGGUUUAACAGUUGUCUAUUAAGGAUUUUGUCACAGUAUUGCAUAUCUUUAAUUGCCAUAUAAAAGAAGUUACAAAGGGUUAUUUCCUGAAAUAUGUUCGCCUUUCUAGUUAACACAUAAAUGUUUCAAUUAGCUGAUUAAGAAGAAAAUUUUGAAAGCAUGAAAACUAAUUUAGCACAUUUAAAGCUUCUGAAAAAUUUAGAGAUGAUGAACCUUAAGUGGUUUUAGUUCUCCAAUUUUACUGUUAAUUUUAUGCCAAUGGUUCCAAACGUAAUCAGCAGUGUGACUUGAUUUAAAAAAAAAAAAAAAGUUUUGCCUCUGAUUAAAGCAAUAUGCUACACUAUAAUAAUUCUUCUUUCUUUUCAUAGGUUAUUAACACCGGUAUCAAAGUGCUGUGCCGGAAUAACGAUGGUGAACAAUAUGGAUGUGCUUAUAGAUUAGCCCAAGAGGUACAUUUUAAAUUGUGACUGUUUUUACUUUAUGUUCAAUACUACAAUCAAAAUGUAAAGUAAGAUGAGUUUCUGUCAUAGGUGGGGGUGCAUUGAGUCUUUAAAAAAAAAAAAAAAAAAAUGCAUACAUUAUAGGGUGCUGCCGGGGCCAAAAUAUACAAAAUACAGAAUCCAGCGCACUCGCUUAUUCACUAAACAAUGAUUUACAAUCUUAGAGAUUGUAAUAGUUUUAUUUUUUUUAAAAAACCUCCUCACCUAGGCAAAAAAUAAUGGGGGUCUAGUUACAUUAUAUGAUCAUAUAUUGCAAAAGCCUGCCACACUGUCAAUGUACCCCAUUCUUGGCAGGUCCUACAUUAGCAGCCUAAAUCUUGCUCUUAUGAGAUUAAUCCACUUACUUGGGAAAUACUUCCUUACUGGGACUCUCUGCAAGUCGAGGCUAAAUAGUCAUGGAAUGAGGCACCUGUGAAAGGGAGGGGUGCAAAACCAAGGAGUUGGCCUGGACUCCCAAAUAUACAAACACAACCAAGAGGGCUGCACUCACCUAAACAUGCAUACAUUAUAGGGUGCUGCUGGGGCCAAAAUAUACAAUAUACAAAAUAAAGAAUCCAGCGCACUCGCUUAUUCACCCCCAUUAUUUUUUCCCUAGGUGAGGUGUUUUUAAAUAAAACUAUUACAAUCUCUAGGAUUUGAAAUCAUUUUUUAGUGAAUAAGUGAGUGUUCUGGAUUCUGUGUGUGUGUGUAUGUAUAUAUGUGUGUGUAUGUAUGUGUGUGUGUGUGUGUAUAUAUAUAUAUGUGUGUAUAUAUAUAUGUAUAUAUAUAUAUAUAUAUAUAUAUAUAUAUAUAUAUAUAUAUAUAUAUAUAUAUAUAUAUAUAUAUAUAUAUAUAUAUAUAGUGUGUGUGUGUAUAUGUACAUACAUACACAAAAAAAUUGUUUCUUGGCACUCACCCUUUCAUUUAUAUAAUCCAAUGUAGCCUAGGUGUAAUCCCACGUUGAAAAUAUGUACACAGAAAAUAAAGAGAUGCACUCUUAGGACUUAAUAAAAGAAAAAAAGGAGGUAGUUUAUUCCAAUAGGUAUAGCAUCAAAAAUUGCCGACGUUUCGACCCAUUCGGGUCUUUCUCAAGGUCAAUGUACCUGGCUACAAAAGAGAUAGAUAGAUAGAUAUAGAUAUAUAUAUAUGUGUAUGUGUAUGUGUGUAUAUGUAUAUGUGUAUAUGUAUAUAGAGAGAGAAUAUAUAUAUAUAUAGAGAGAGAGAGGCUAUGGGGUGGGGAAACCACCACCACUACCCCACAAAAAGGUUACAGAGGUACAAGGGGCAUAACCCCACAAUAAAUAUAGAAAAAAAGAGACGAAAAAUGGGGCAGACAGUCCACUCACAAAAAAGUGGGUGGAAUGCUUAGCCUCAUUCAAAGUACCUCAUAAUGUAAAUAGUCACAUAGAAGAGGACAAACAACCUUUAUUAGAAAAAAAUGGUAUAUAGUCCAAAUACUAUUACCAUACACUAAAAUAGUGUAUUGAUUAUAAGUUAACCACCAAACUUAUAAAAGCCUGGGAGAGGCUAAUCCUGCAAGGUAUGUUUGACUUAAUAAAGGUGUAAAAAUACACCUAAAAUAAUAAAUGGGUAACAAAGCAGGUUAGUCUAAAUCCAUUCUAGGAAAGGACCCAACUGGGUAAAUGGAUAGAAAAAGGAUAGUCUUAGAGCAGUGUCUGAGAGAAUCUGGAAAGGGCAGGGUUAAUAGCAACUAAUGGGUCGCGCCCAAACUAAUAUCAAGUAGCUUAUACUAAAGAGAAAAGGAGCUAAUACCCCACAAAGAAAGGAAAGAUAGAACCCCCUCACCCUUGAGUCACCCUAAAAAAACUAACUAUCCUAAGAGAAACAGCAAAACUAACUGCUGCUUCGUGGCAGCCUAUCCAAAUCCCUAAGUCUGUAUCAGGAGAAAAUAUAGGCGCAAACUCAUGCGCUGUGGAAACCCAGGUAAAUGAAAGAUGAGAGUAAAGAAAAUCAAUUGAGUAUAAUAGCAUCGGCUAGAAAAUAUCUCGACGCGCGUUUCGGCGUUUUAGAUACGCCUUUGUCAAGAGCUACCUGGUAAGUGACACGGGAAGCAGUUAUAAAGGGGAUAUAGACACACCCUUCAAUUAAAGCCCUCCAAUCAAAAGACCACAGGUUGUGAAAGAGUGACAGGUGACCUCCCCUGCAUAUUGAACCAAUCGGAGGAGGUGGGAGUGGUCACCCUAUUCACUCAGUAUACACUAAUGGCAAAAAACAAAACAAAAAAAAACCCUCUAAAUAAAGAGUAGAUACAUGUUGCAAUUAAGGCUCAAAGCUAAAGUAAGUAUGUUUUUUUUAAAAAAAGGUAACAAAACAUCAAAGCAGAUUAGCACAGUAACAACAUUCAUCCAGAAAGGAGUAUAAGGAUGCAAGGUUAAAUGAUAAUAAAAAUAAUAAAUAUUCAGUUCAAAGGCUAGAAAGAAUGGCAAAUAAUCGCUUUAAGGGUAUAUUGAGAAAUAAUAAAAGCCGUAUAAGCCUUACUAAACUCCAGGUGUUAUAUCAAACGAGACUUUAGAGAAUAAAAACCAUAUAGACCUUGCUAGACGCCAAGUGUGUAUUGAAAAUAAGCUGUUUAAAGGAGACUCACACCAUAAAAAGGUUAAGUUUAAUACCUGUGUAUAUAAACGAUUGACUGGUAUAUCUAUAUAAAUGUUAUAUUGUAUAUAGACCGGGCUUGCUAAAGAGUAAAGUAACUCAAAAGGAAGGGUUACAGAAUAUCCUUUAUAUGACACAUUAACAUCGAUGUCCCAUGAUCCACUUGCCAGUAUUAAAGGUUGUAACCAUACACUGUAUACUAAAAAUGAUCACAGGGAAAGAUGAAUGUGCCAAUAGGAAGACCGAUUAUAUUAUAUGUAUUAUGCAAUAUAGGAAAAAACAGAUUAUAAGAGAUAUAAUUUUAUUUAGUUAAAAUUAGAUGAAAUUUAUUAAAGGCAAAGAGCACUAAUUCAAAUAAAUGGAGAAAAAGAAAACCCCUCAUUGAGUCCUCUUGGAUUGAGGGUAUUAAGUUUAUAGAUCCACCUGCAUUCUUUCUGUACUUUGAAGAGUGUCACUAUGUAACCAUUAAAAGGGUGACCCAAAGUAAAGUGUGUUAAAAGCAUUUCACAUACCAUGUCAGGAUAAUGGGCAUUAGUUAGAAUAUCUAAUAGUGAUAAACUAAUGACUUAAAAGAGGAAAGUUAAAGCUAUUACGAUAAAGGCUCCAAACACAGAGAAGGACCAUGGGCAUGCAUGUAAAGAAGAUAGCAUCAAGAGGCAUAUACAGCAGGUCAUAUAUAUGCCACAGGCAUAUUAUAGAUAUAAAUAAAAAAUAAAAAUGGUAAAAUUAAUAAUAAAGAAAAAGCAACAAAAAUAUUAAAGAAACAUGGACAGCACAAUAUUUUCGUUAAGUCCUCUUGGUGUCACUGUAUCUAAUCUAUGAAUCCAUUGUGCCUCACACUGAAGUAGCUUCUUCGAUCUGUCACCUCCUCUGGGCCUCGGGGGGACAUGGUCAAUGGCCAUAAAAUGUAGCAUAGGGAGUCUAUGUUGCAUAUGUAAGAAGUGUUUAGCAACUGGCUUGUCACUACGUUGAUUCCUAAACGCUGUCGUUUUGGUCGACCGAUGUCCCCUUAUGCGUUCUCUCAAUGUCAAAUCGGUCUUGCCCACAUAUGAGAAUCCGCAGGGGCAUGUGAUCAUGUAUAUCACAUGGUCAGUGGUACAAGUAAUAUAAUGUGGUAUUUUGAUUUUCUGACCACUAUGGGGAUGAGCAAAUGUCUUACCACUGACCAUGUGACCCCACGUCACACAUCCACUGCAUUUGUAGCAGCCUUUCUUGGAGAUAAUCUCAGGUUUACGGUAGCAAAUUAUUGGGUCACUUUAUAUAUAUAUUCCAAAUUCAUGGCCACGUGUGACUUUUUAUUCAGUAUAUGUAUAGUGUAUUAUUAUAGGGUACAAAAGCUAGAUGUGUGCAGUUGUACGUGUUCUAAAGCAAGUUGCUUCCUUGUGAACCCUAUAGCCCUGGUUGCUGUAUUUGUGUUUCAGCAUCUGUAAAUCAAGCUAUAGAGUGAUUUGUUUUUCCAUUAACUAAAUAAAGUCUAUUAAAAGCCACAGCUGCAAUACUGUCACACUAACAGAAACCAAGAUGCACCACUUUUAAAAGUUUGAACCUACAAAAGCACAAUAUCUUUUGUAGAACUCAACUAGUUUCCUUUCAUAUUAUUUAUUAUAUAUUAUAAAAUAUUUCACCAGGAAGGCUACAUUAAGACUUCUCUCGUUUUUAAGUAUGGUUUCAACCAGUCUAUAAGAUAAGAAAGAUCCAUUUCUGUGUAAUACUGUAGAUGCAGAAACUUUAAUAUGUUUUAAUUUAAUCAUAUGAUAUUACUAUUUAAUGGAUACUUUAUAUAGAACAUUACUAGUGUCACUUAAGAUUGGUAUCUAUGAAAAUAACACUGGUGUCUAAAUAUUUAGGUCUGGCACCCAAAGACUACUAAAAACAAUGAACCCCACAUCAAGUCAUGCUGCUUCCAGACUGCAAAUGUGUUUUAUAAAGCACACUUUCCCUAUGCUUAUAUUUGUAUCAGAGUGUUUAUGUAUAACACUUUUUUUAAAAUGCUGUGUGGGAAAAGCCAAGCUCUGUGUAAAUGUUACAUAUGCAGGAUAAUUAAUUAAACACCGGAUUUUGUCAGAAUGAUGCCAAGUGCUCAAAGUGCAUUAAGACCUACCAAGUGCAUUAGCACUGGAAGAUUGUGAGUCUUGCAGUUAGGCCAAGAAUGCAAUUCAGAUUUUAUAUUGUUUUAGAGCAGGUACAAAAAACCGUGUGUACAUAUUGUGAUUCCAUGAUUAGUAACAAACAAUCAGUCUGUGUAUUUUAAUGUGUUGACUUCCUUUGACACCUGGGUAAGCUUGAAUGCAAAUUAUCUAUGUUCCUCUGUAGAUCAUCAGUUGCAUACAUGGCUUCGACUGAAUACAUGUUAAAGCCAAGUUUUCCUUGCAAGAUUAGAACUGUGAUCCUUGUAUUAAAAUAAUAUAUUUUCUUACUUUAGUGUCUGAGCAGGUCAGAUGUAUUGCAUUUGUGGGAGAAGAAAAACAUGUUUUCUUCUAGUUAUUACUGUGGGAUAGCUUUUUGGCAAUCAAAGAAGUUUAGUCUAAAAGGGGCACUCUAAGGGGGGAGGAGAACCGAGAACAGUCUAAUGAGCGGGUGUGCUUAUUGAAGUGCCCCUUUAAAUGUUUUUCCAUAAACAUUUUUUGUGCUGUGCAUUGUGUAUAUUACAUUGUAAGGCUGCAUGGCAGGUUUUGUAUUUUAACAUGUUUUCUAUUCCUUGCAAUCUAGGGCAUAUAUAGCCUUUAUCCUUUCAUCAGAUCAAGAAUUGUAAGUGUAUCUGUAGAUGAUAUCAAGAUCCUUCUAACUCAAGAAAAUCCAUUCUUGAGUAAAUUUAGCAAGGAGACACAAAAACAGGCAGAAGACCUAGGUAAGGAAUCUUGUGAAACAUAUUUCAUGUUUUGUAUGUUAUUCUGUAUGCGCGCAUGUAUGUUUUUGUUUUUUGUUUUUAUAUAUUUUAUACUAUAAUAUCUCAUCUUGAUAGACAAUGAAGUAAUCCUGGUACAUGGAAAAAAAUUAGCUUGGUUUUCCUUAACAAUUUAUAUAUAUAAAAAAAGUUAUUAUCUUUUCAGUACGUUAUCAUGGGACUUUAUCAGCAAUUUGCUGUGCUCCCACCCUUCUAAAAAAAAGAUGAGGUACCAGACUGUAGCGGACCCAGGGUAACCCCACUGGUUACCUCAGCUAAUUCGCUUCCUUCAGCCACUCAGGAACCACUUCGAGUUUAAAGAGAUCCAUUUCUCCUCCGGUAACUGGACGACACACAUUUCUGAAGGGACAUCACUGACUGAACUGUUUAUUUUUUCGUCACACAUGGUUUUACAUGCAGAGACCCUCACAUGGGGUCUCAAAUACAAUACACCAGGGGUUUCAAUCCCAAGAAGCUGAUGCUGGGGAUGGAAGAGGGACAAAGCAGCUCCAGUUCAAACGUCCUGCUGUAACCAGAAAAGGGAGGGGGAGAGGCACAGACAAGCAAUACUUUUCUAUCUGGUUUCAUAUUUACUUGUUUCUACAUUUGCUUUAAUGUUGGGGCUGUGAGCCCUCUGCCCUGCAAUACCCAUCAAUUCAUGCAUAAUUCAUGCAUGUCUAGGUCCGAUGGGGAAACUUCCAACUCCGCUAUGCCAACAAAUUCAGAAUAAAUCCACAUAAGUGCAUAUGCAUUAAACAUACUUUUUCACAUUUUGUUAGUUCAUCAAAAUAUUUUAUUGCCAACUUUUUUGUUUAGUUUUAGCACUUCGUUAGAGGUAAUACAAUUGGAUCAAGAAAGCUUUAAAUGUUUUUCACACAUUAGACUUUCUUUAUUUUGACUUCUUAAGUGAUGGUAAAACUGCAUGCACUAUGUUGCAUUUGCUGUUUUAUUUUGUGCAACCAGCCUUCGUUAUAUAACGUGAAGCUAGACAUGCCCUGGUUGCUGGCUGCCAUUUCAUGUGUAAGUAACAGAGAGCAGCCAAAGUGAACACGUUUCCAUUUUACUGCGUAAUGUGCACAAAAAUUGUUUCAUUUUAGUUUACAUCUAUUUUGUAUUUCAGGCACUAAAUGGUCCAGAAUUUAGUCUAAUUUUCAGCUGUUACAGAACACUACUGAACUGCUGAAAUCCAGACUGACUGAAUGUGCUAGCCAGCAGCCACAUGAAAACCGUUAAACCAAACAUUUUAGGGGUGAUCAAUAAAACACCAAUAUUGCUAUUUUGCAGAAGAUUAUCUCCUCCACUAAUAUUAACCAGGAGAUUUUUUUUUUCAUCUCCCUUUUUUACUUCCUCUGCAAAAGACCAGGAGAGAUUGAUGCAUACGUUUCAUAACUUGUUUGCACCUUCAAGUAUGAUGAGUCAAUUUAACCCUUUAGAAAGUGUUCUUCUCCAUUAAGAUCCACAGUAUGUUUUGAAGGUAGUAUUUAAUCUCUCAUCUAGAAAGAAAUUAAUUUCGUUUUUUUCAUGUUUUUCAGUUAUGGGAAGCAUUGUCUUAAAAUAUGAACCUGACCCACUGUAAGUAAAACAUGUAUUAUUUUCUCUUUUACAGUUCAUGAAAAUGUUGCUUUACAGUUUACUGAGCACUCAAGUUACGUUUAUUUUGACCCCAAAAAAUGCAUGAGUUAUGCAUUAAACUAUUAGUGACAAAUGUACUAUAUGCUCAACCAAUAAAACCUAACUGUGUGAUAUACACACCCACCCCAGUUAACAGUGGAGAGCUAGAGGCUAAAAACCACACAGUUAAGUUUUAUUGGUUUAGUAGCAUGUUAAGGUGGGAGGAAUUUACACAUAGCUGGUAGCAGCUGUUCUGACUUAUUAAUUUGAUUUUGCACUUUUAAGCGCCUGUUGCACAAAUACACACUGUCACUUUUACUGUAUACAUUAUGCUCAGCUGGUUAGUUGCUUAAAGGAACACUAUAGUAUCAGGAGCACAAACAUGUAUUCCUGAUACUAUAGUGAUGAAAUCACUAUUUAGGUUCCCAGACCCAUGCUUCUGUUUGAAAGGGUAUUUUGCUUAUUUCCAGUGCUGCGCCGGUCUCUCCACAGCUGGCCCUGCCUCUGUGACUGAGAUAAUCAAACCUAAUGAUCUCUGUAGGAAAACAUUGCGAGUCUAAUGUGUGUGUAUGGCAAAACGCCACGAUGCGUCACUCUGCUUCUCACCUCUAGUGCUGUCUGAGUGAUGGUUACUACAGAUGUUACUAGGCAAUAAUGUAAAUACUGCCUUUUCACAGAAAAGCCAGUGUUUACAUUAAAAGUCUGCAUGGAUAGGCUAUUCAGAAAUCAGAAUAACCACAGUAAGCUCUAAUUGUUAUGGUGACUCUAGUGUCCCUUUAAAGUGUGCCUUGUGAAAGAUUACUUGCACGAAUUUUAUUGUAAAAAGUAGAAACAUUGGUUUGCAUGCUCUAAUUACUUUGCAAAAUUAUUUCUUGUUCUUUAAUUAGGAAACUUGAUACUCUCCAGUGCUCUAUUGUUCUUUGUGGCUGGAGGGGAAAAACCUCAAUCCGAUCUUUUGUGCCAAAAAAUGAGAGGCUGCAUUAUCUAAGAAUGAUGGGCGUGGAAGUAUUUAAAGAAAAAAAGGAAGUCCCAGAGACUAGGUCGGCUGAAACUGGCCAGCAGAGGGAAGAAGAUGCACAUAUAAAGGAAGAUAAUGAAGAUCCACAGGGAAAUCAGGAUUCAGGUGCUGUAAAUAUUGGAGAAGACACAGAUGACCUAGGUCAAGUAGAACCUUUAUCUGAAGAUGAAGAAAAAUGUGCAGUGGAUUCUAACCUAGAUAUCACAAAAUCCAGUGGGGACGAAGAUGAAAAAUUAACAGAAUGAUUUAAACAGUGGCCACAAUGUAUCAUAGAUUUAUUGUUGCACAAGGUGCAGUUUAUCUGUAAAGGACAAACUAGUUGUUUGUCAUUAAUAUUAUUGCAGCCCUCCCUACCAGUGCUAUAUUUUGAACAGUAAAAUACUUUUAAAGACUUUUUUUUUUUUAUUUGUCUGUAUCAUCCCAAAUACAACUUAAUACAAUGUGAAUUUGCUUAUUUUAAUAAAGAAUUUAAGAGGU